GUGGUUCAGGAGCUCGCAGGGGCUGCUGCGCGCGCUGAAAACGGGCGGCGGGAGCGGGGAUGGGAGAAGGAGCGGCCGGGCAAGCGAGGAAGCGAGGAAAGCGGCAGCCCGGACCCACCUCACCUCCACCACCAGCAGCGACCCUCAGCCGCAGGCGCCAGGUACAGCCCCGGGACCCUGCCUCGGGCAUGGGGGGAAGGUGCGCGCGCCUCAUUUGUCUGACUGAACCCGACCAAACCAAAGGACGCCGGAGGCCGGGGGGGGGUUGACCUCUCCACCUUCCCACACUCGCUCGCGCAAGGCCAACCACCACCGCCACUGCCCCGGAUACAGAGUCGUGCCCUCCUGCCCCCGCUCCUUGGUCGCGCUCCCUUCUACUCCCCUGCGUUUUGGGUCCUUAGUGGUUUUGCCCCUUUGUAAAAAGCGCCGCCGCGAGAGGGCAGCGUGCAGUUGCCCCGCGCAGGGGCGGCGGGAGCGGGCAAAGCGCUGUCGGCGCUGAGGAGCCCAGAGGGAACGCGCGCCCGCCCGUGUAACUGCGGCCCGCGACGCCUAUGCUGGGCACGCGCGAAGGUAACUAGGGGGGGUUUAAACUGGGUUGAAAUGGCAUAAUUCGGCGGGAAGGAGGAGGUGCGGCCACUUAAAGCGAUUUGAAAAGAGAGAGGGACUCUCUCCGUGGUGUGUUUUAAGCGGCCCCGGAAUGGUUUUGGUUUUCGUGUGGAGCCCGUUCGAGCGCGCUGGCGUUCCCAGACGCGCAUCCUUCUCAUUGGAUACCUGCGCGGUGUCUUGUGCAAAGCGAUCCCUGUCAUUCGGGGCGAGUCCACUUGGCGCCGCCCUGGGUUUCCGGGGCCUCUGCGACCCAAGAGAGGCGCUCGCUUGCUUGUCCCCCUUCGUGGCGCGGGCGGCGCUGCGUGGUCGGUCGCCUGCUGUCCUGCGGCGCCGGAGGAGCGGAUGUGACCGGCCUGCCGAUGGCGCCCCAGAGGCUUCUGCGGAGCGACGACCUUUGCGGGAAGCAGGUCUCUCUGCAGGCAUCCCGGGGUCGUGGCGCUCUGCUCCUUUCCGAGUCCCCGGGAAUCUGGGGCAUUGGAGUUCGAGUUGUGCGCGCGUGUGUUUGCAAAACCCAUAAAUUAGGAUACGCGUUGUAGGCACCGACGUGCUGUGUGUUAACGAGGAAUUAGAGACGUCUGGUUGCUGCUGCUGACGCUGGUUUAAGGACCUGCUCCGCUCCCCCUUCCCGCCGCUUUUGGUUCCUAUGUUUUUGUAAGAGCUCAUUGAGACGCAGUUUAGUGACUGCUUUCCAUCAGUCUCCUUUCCUAUUAUCAGCGUGGUUGAAAUAGAUUUCUUCCAACAUCAUAUGUCCAAAGAGUGGGGAUUCUCCCUUUUGACAACUGUGGUCCUUGCCUCGGAUUCCUACGUGGUCUCUAUCUACACGGCUUGUAACGUGGGAGCCCCCCGCCCCCCUCCUGAGCUAAACCUAAGCGACGGUGGUGUUGGACGGGGAGGGGCAGGGCGAGGCUUUUUCCUCGCAAAACAAGGAUGGAAAAAGGGACCACCUUCCUACAAACGUUAGCAAGGAGCCUUCCUUACAAAGGGACAAUUUCUGUGGUUGGGUGCGAUCCAAAAGGCGGGCAGAAAACCCCGCGGAGCAGGAUAAAGAGGCGCUUGUAGUGGGCACGCAUUCGUGUACACCAAGUCACACGCUCAUAGACACGCGUGUCCAGGGGGAGAGUUGGUUCUCAACACGCGCGGACUUGGACUGGGGCCCUGGCGAAUCCGGCAGCGCGCGCGUGUGUGCUUAGGAUCUGGGCCCUGCUCGUUUUUCAUGCGCACUAGUCAAACGAGUCUGAACGACAUCCUUGCAAAUAUUGACAGUGGCCCGUCGAGUUAAUUUCUCUGGUUACUCGGACGUUUUCGGCCAAGGAAAAGCGGCCGCGGGCUGGCUGCUUGGCGGAGAAAGUGGUACUUUCUCUCAUGGGGCGGGGGGGGGAGGCCGGGAGCAGCCCCAGGAAGAAAAGGGCCCCGAUCUUGUUUUUUAAAACCACGCGGAAGGGGAGCCGCUGCUCGGGGUGCAGCUGAUGGCUCGGAUCCCGCCGGGCUGCGAGGUGGAAAGAAAACCCUCGGCCUAGAGGGAAAGGGAGACGCCGGGGCCAGAGCUGGGCGGCCGCAUCCUGCGCAAGAAUCAGGCAGCCUGCGGCGUGGAUUGUGCCUGGACACAAUGGUCUAGGUGUGUUAGGGUGCUAUGGACGCCGGCUUGAGACGGGAAGGGAGAGGCGGACGGUCCCCUCUCCAAGUGUAAGCCAGUAGAGGAGAUCUGGGAGCCACCAGAGAAGGGAUGCUUUGGCCCGGGGCAGACGGACUGAGGAGCGGAGCAAAGAGACGCCCCUUCGGGUGGCUGCCGGUCCGGUUCUCUGGAAGAUGCCCGCCAACCAUCAUCUUCAGUUCCUGGUCACUGCGCUCUUUCCCGUUUCGGUCUUCACAGCCACCGCAGGCGCUGUAACUCUCCAAGAGUUUGACGACUUCUCCCCGCCAGGCGCACUGCAGACAAACGGAUGCCAACAGCCACAAUUGUGUGUACACUAUAUGGUUAUUACACUGUUAAUCCCCCUCCUUUACGUCCCAAGAGAGGGUAUCUGUUGGCCCAUUUUGAUAGGUGGGAAACUGAGGUCCAGUAUCUUCCUCGUCUGCAUUUGAGACGGUUGUGCGCGCGCCUCCAUUUCUAUAUUUCCUUUCACUUUUGUGCGCUAUCCCCCCCCCCCCCCGUUCAGUUUGAUGGCCUCCCUGAAAUCUAGAGGCGGCUCAUUUAAAGCACAAGUUGAAUUGGGAGCCCGCUCUUCAAGUUGUGGAAGGUGUUUUUUAAGCGUUGGCUCUGUGCGCGCACACGCUUGAAGGGUCUCAAUGCAUUGCAGCCUGGGUCAUAUGACGGAGGUUUUAGGGCCAUCCGCUGGUCUAAAGCUCCGGCACCUCGCAGUUCCUCUAAGCCAGGCAUAGGCAAACUCAGCCCUCCAUAUGUUUUGGGACUACAACUCCCGUCAUCCCUAGCUAACAGGACCCAGUGGUUAGGGAUGAUGGGAAUCGUAGUCACAAAACAUCUGGACGGCCGAGUUUGCCUAUGCCUGCUCUGAGCACCUAAUGUGUUUUUCACGAGGACGCCUUUUCACACGUUAGGCUGAAAUUAUCCCUUGAGCUUCCCCUGUCAAGAAACCUGGCCCGGAGGACCUUCAGAGAGAGACAACGCUGGAGACACGUGUCGCUAUCGCAGACACGCACUGCCCCUUACCAACGCGUGGCGCAAACAGCAGCAGCAAGGCGCAUUUGACACCGCAGAUAGAAAAAGUCCUCUCGAUCUUUACGCAUCUGCGGUUUAACAACCCGCUUUCAGACCUCUCGGUUGCUGCUUGUGGCACCUGCUAAGGGAUUGGAUUGGAAAGAAAAGGGAUAAAGCAGAGGCUUCUUACACCUCAGUUUUGGAAAAGUCUGAGCGCCUCCACACCUCUCCAAAUGAUAAGCGUUUCCAUCCUUCAGCUGGAACGCCUAUUAUAAGAUACAUUCGUUUAAUUCCUGGUUUUCCACCCCGCUUUUUGCCCCGUUUCAACAACCCCGUUUCAAUGGGUCCAGCGGUUCUGCCUGACUUUCUUCGCCCUGCCCUGGCCAGAGGGGAAACGGACCGUGGCCUCUCCUCGUUUCCAGCCCACCUUGAGUUGGGAAGCCUAUGGACGCCUCAAGAUCCCCGAGGAGGAAAUGUUCUGCCUACGUCCUUUUUGUCGACUUUGACGUGUACGUUUGAGGCCUUGUUACAGCGGAUGCUGGUUCCCCGGGGGAAACGGGACACUCCGUCUGCCCUCGCCUCAGCCAGCCAGACUCCACCUGCCUCUCUUCUUCCUUAAAACCAGUCUAGAGGGUGACCGGGCUGCCAGCUUCCUCCUCUGUUGUCUCAGUGUUGCCCUUCAGUAGGGAAGGGAGAAGAUGGAGUCAAAGUCACUGCCUGUCAUUGGCUCCGCCUCUGGGCACCAGCCAACCCUGGGCUUUAAACCUCAAGGGAUGCUUUUUGAAAACAAGAUCCCGCCCACCCCUUCUGCAUUAAAGGCAAGUGACUGUAGUUCAGUAGUAGGGCAUCUGCUUCCCAUGCAAAAUAUCCCAGGCUCAAUCUCACGCAGGACUGGAACCUGGAAACUGGCUGUGUAGGACCAUUCAGAAGGAGAGGGGCCAAAUGGUCUGACUCGAUAUAAGGCAGCUUUCUAGGCUGAGAGAGGAGACAACCACGCCAACCCCAAGAUCCAGGAACGCUGGAGGGUUGCAGUAAGGGUCGCUCACUCCACACCUGCUAGACCAGGGCCAUCACUUAAAAACGAAGUUUAAAUGGCACUUUGGACUUGGAAUGGAAAUGGAGGCUUGGCUUCCCACCCACCUCGCAUUGCAUGUGUGCGACACGAACUUGGAUACGACUUAAAUUUCGUGGGCUAAAGCUCCAUUCAAGAAACGGCCGAGUUCAUUUUUUUAAAGAAAGAUGUCGGGGUAGUUCAGUGUGUGUGGGCAACCUUUGAGGUUGGGUCCUGACACCCCAAGCCACCCACCUGUGGCUUCCCAGAUGUUGCCGGGCUCCAGCUCCCAUUUGCCGCAGGCUGCGCGGUCCAUGGUCAGGCAUGAUGGGAACUGGAGUCCAGCAAACAUCUGGAGGGCCGCAGGAUCCCCACCCCUUGAUCUGCGGGGACCGAAAUGGCUUGGGACCAUAGCUGUCAACUUUUCCCUUUUCUUGCGAGCAAGCCUAUUCGGAAUAAGGGAAUUUCCCUUUAAAAAAAGGAAAACGUUGACAGCUAUGCUUGGGACCCAUCGGACUCUAAAAAGACCUUCCCUUCUUGUAAACGCAUCCUCUAAGACCGAGCUCUAACAGCAGCUCUUAGUGGUGGGUCAAAAAGCGGCGCGCUUGGAGUCCUGCUCAGGUGGGGCAGUCAGAUGGGGAUGCGCCUUACUUCCCUGAGUAGGGUCGAAGGGCGCCCUUGCUCCUUCUGCUGCAUGGGACCCUGGGCAUCUGCCCCAAAGCCCCCCCCCCCCGUGCCUGCUGCCCCCAAACCGUGCGCCCUGGCUCUGGCGCACUGAGAAGGGAAGCGCGCUCGUUUCCGCGCCGCCCCAGCGGGCCGCUCCCCCUUCCCUUGCCAAACCCGCCGGCCUCGAUCUCCUCGGCUUUCGCGUCUCCGGCGACUUCAGCUGCUUCCCCCACCCCCUCGAGUAACCCGAUGCUUCUCCUCCUCCUCCUCCUCCUCUUGCAGCGCCCGUCGAGUCCUCGGCGCCCCUGAAGCGCAAGAGCGCGCGCCUCCUUCGCCCCGGCUGACCAGACUCUCCUCAGCCCCGGCCGCCGGGCUGCCCGCGCGCCCUCCCCGCCACCAUGAACACGAUCGUCUUCAAUAAGCUCAGCAGCCAAGUGCUCUUCGAAGACGCCGCCAAGGAAAGGGAGAGGAGCAGCAGCCGGCCUUACGCCGGGGUCUUGGACGUGUCCGCCCACCCGGAGGUCCUCAUGCCUGACAGCCCGUCCAUGAAAGACAACCUCAGCCUUCGACACAGGAGAACAGGGUAGGAGCCCCCAGGCCGAUGGUUUGGAAGGCGAGGGGUGGGAGAGACGCAACUCUGAUCAUGUGGGAAGCUUUGCAUUGUUGGAUUAAUCCUAAUUAUGUACCGCUUUUCAGCCGGACCUGAAAACAGUUCAGUUUCUCAAGGCAGUUCACAAAUAACAAUAAGCAUAGGCUCUUUUUUGUUUUUUUAACAAUAACCAAAAAAAGUUGCCUCGUAGGAAUUCAAUCAAGCCCUUACUCGCCUGACCUAGUGGCUUUGUAAAACUUCGCCCCACAAACAUUCCCUUUCUGAACAGCUAGGGCACUUUAAAUAGCUUUAGAGAACCCACCCUUCUUAUGACGACUUGAAAACAAAUCCCCAUGAUUUGCAUUUGCCUCCAUUGAUAUUUGUAAGAUCCUAGUCCAAAGGUUUAUGUAAAAUCCCGCUGUGGUGUUCAGUGAAGCUGUCUCCCAGAAAAAAAUGGUUUAUGGCAUUGCAGAUAGUGGUGUAAAAAUAUUGGAGUGAUUACAGACAAGCGUAUCAAAUUUAGGGCUUCAUCCAGAAACCGGUUGCUCCCUGCAUAUGGUGUGAGUGUGAAAGAGAGGAUUAGAGAGGGUGCUGUCUGAAAGCAAAGUAAUUUAAGGGUAGAUUUAAAUCCAAAACAUGAAAUCUGGAAGCAAGUAAACUCUAGUGAUAAACUUAGAAUCUAUAGCAAAAUAUUACCCAUUGUAAGAGACAGGCCAUGUGGUAAGCAGCAAACCACCAAUGGACAGUGCAAUAGACAGUAACUGAACUGACUAACAAAAGAGUUCAUUGGAUUGUGGACAUACCAACAGUGACUGACAAGAUUAUUGCUGUCUAGAGUUCUUGCCGGGGUUUUUUAAAUAUACAAAAUGUAUUUUGCCAUAGGAUCCAACUCCUAGGAGCCGAGGUCCCUUUGCUCCCCCAAUAAAAUAUUGGGGGGCCACUCCACCCCCCAGUUGAUGGACAUUACCAUUCAAAUGGUGUGUAUGUGCCAUGUCUUGUGAUUGAUGAUGCAGGGUGGGGCUAAGCUGGGACCCCACCCCCAAUUAUUUAUUCAAGUUGGCAACCCUGUAUUUUGCAAAAGCAUUGUUUACAGUAUAUUACAAAAGUUUAUUAAAAGUUGCCUUCUUCCAAAGAAUGGAACACAGGAGUAAGAUUGUUUUGUAUUAAUUGCUACAACACCUAUUGCAUCCUUCUUCAAUGUGGUGACCUCGUGUUUUGGAUUACAGUUCCCUUCAGUCCCAGCCAGCAAAGACUGACACAUUGGGAUACAAAGUGCUUUUACCCAAGAAUUCAUCUACUAAGGCUGCAAUCCCAACUCCACUUACCUGGGAGCAAAGCCACACUGAAUUCAGUACAUACAGUUAGGAUAGUGUUGAAAAUCACAUGCCCCAAAUAACCCAGUUUUACUUUGCCUGUUCAGGGACAGGCAGAAGGGACAGGGGUGCCCCCAUUUCAUCUUUCAGCAGCAUAAUUCUAGACACUCUUGUUUUUGCAUGCAAGUUCCACUGAACAAAAGGUGAGAAGCCUGAGGAUAAACAUGUGUAAGCUCAGGCUGCGCAUCUGUAGUCAAGUGAUAACUCGAUAAAUUUAAUACGGUGCUUAAGAGAUGUCCAGAAUGCUAAAGACUGAAACAAUAUAUUUUAUAGCUGAGUUACCAAUUUUAAAAGAUUGCAUCAGCUCAUACUUCUAAUAGCAUUUCAGGUUGGCAAGAGGGUGAUUGUGUUUCAUCAAGAUUUUAUUUCCAGCUGAUUCAGGCAGAAUUAGAUUUCAAAUAAAGUGUCAGAAGGCAAAAAGCCCAAGAGGCUAAAAAAAAAAAAAAGGUGAGAACUGGGAAUUUUGGGGAGGGGGGGACAGAUAUGGAACAAGCCGCAGAUGUAGCCUGAGAGCAGCACCUUCUGGAAGUGAUUUGGUAUUACAAUCUCAAGCCGCAAGUCAUUAGGGUAGCAGAAUGGGAGAAGGACAGAUCCGACCCGUGGAAGCUAUCCUGCACGGGUCCUAGUGAAAUGAAUCAGAGCCAUGCUGUUGAGCAGCUUGAAGAUAUUAAAACAGGGCUUGUGUGCAACAGAACAUCCAGGUGGAUUAUGCCUCAGCCUAAAGUGUGUGUGUGUAGUUUUUCUACUUUGGCCAUCAAAAUAUCCUUGGUUGGUUCUCUGUCAGGAACAAACUCCCCAUUGUAUCUAAUCAGGUUGUGAUUAGAUAUGAACUUGUGCAUGCGGUUGUUUAGGGCACUAUGGCUGAAAUCCUAUGCAGACUCACGUGGGUAGAAGUCCCAUUGAACGAUGUUUAAGACCAGGCUUGGCAUUUGUUGAGAUGUGCCAGAAAAACCAGCAGAUGUCUAAAAAGGUUGUUAAUACCUGUCAUUGGAUGGACUUCUGUUGGUGUAGGAAUGUGCAUUCAUUCCAUCAAGCAAAACCUUCUCCUUCACCCAGUGAAAAGUUCCAGGUACAGCUCAUUAUCUGGCAACAGAUAUCACGUCUUCCAUUAUGAGUGUUUUAUUAUCUGGAGCAGAGCUAAAAUAUUAAUGGCCUAUCAUCACUGGAUUGUGAGUGAAGGCCAAAUUAAUUCCACUUAAGAUUGGCUUGAUCUUGAUGUGCAAAUUCCUGACAUGUGAGGAAGGGUGGUGCUCUCGUGGCAACUAGACCAUAAACAGAUGUGCGCUUGGGAGCAUUGGAGAGGAGCAUGGGAAACGGACUGCUGCAACAUGUUGAGUAAUCCGAUGUUCAGACGGCUUUAAUACCAAAACAAGCUGGACUUGGAUCUUCCUUUCCUGUUUUUUAAAAUUCUUGUUCUAACAGUCUGUGCUGAUAUUAAUUGUAGAUAACUGGGGGGACUUGAAAGGGACAGUGGCAGAGCUUCUGUCUGGAAUUUAGCUUUUUUUUUUGGUAACUCAUAAGCACCCAGCAAUUUUUGCAAUAAGCAGUCUUCUACGGGAGGAAGGCUAUGGUCAGACUGGCCCUAUUUUGGCGCCUUGAAGUUUUGCAGGACCCCUGCAUUUGUUACAGUUACCCCCUCCACUCCUCUGACGAGCAACGAACAAGCCCACACCUUGGGAAUGAUCGAAACCGAUUCUGCAGCCCUCAGUGCAGGUUUGCUUGCCCAGUCUGAUGCCUUCCUGGUGCUGUGGACUGCAACUCCCAUCGUGGGACUCCCAUCAUGGUCCCAACCCUGCUGGCGAGGACUGAUGGGAGUCAUGGUUCAAAACAUCUGGAAGAUACCAGGUUGGGGAAGGCUGCUGUAUACAUUGCUCUGGAAUGCAUGCUUUGCUGCACACAGUACCCCACCCAAGAACUUGAGCCCCAAGUGGGAUGAGGAGAAUGCAAAGGACUGAAUGCAUCCUUGUGCUUCCACCUCUGGAUUGGCACUUAACCGUAACCAGUAAUCUGACUUUGCUGCCAUUGGUCUACCAGAGCAGUUUGUGUGCAGCAGCCCAGUGCUAGGUGCACAUAAUGCUGGACUGAUCCAUUUUAACUUGGAGCUGGUAUGCCUUUUGCUGUUCUUCCCAUGCCUCUGUUGGUACAUGCUUUCUUGUGCGCCACUGAUGGAGAGCCUUGGUGACUGGGAGCAGCUGCCGAGACCACAUAACACCGGUCUUGAAAGACCUACAUUGGCUCCCAGUAUGUUUCCGAGCAUGAUUCAAAGUGUUGGUGAUGAUCUUUAAAGCCCUAAACGGCCUCGGCACAGUAUACCUGAAGGAGCAUCUCCACCUCCAUCAUUCUGCCCGGACACUGAGGUCCAGCGCCGAGGGGCUUCUGGCGGUUCUCUCACUGCAAGAAGUACCAGGCAGAGGGCCUUCUUGGUAGUGGCACCUGUCCUGUGGAACGCCCUCCCAUCAGAUGUCAAAGAGAUAAACAACUAUCUGACGUUUAGAAGACAUCUGAAGGCAGCCCUGUUUAGGGAAGUUUUUAAUGUAUGUUUAAUAUUCUGUUGGGAGCUGCCCAGAGUGCUGGGGAAACCCAGCCAGAUGGGCAGGGUAUAAAUAAUAAUAAAUAAUAAUAAGUUGUUGUUGGUAUUAUUAUUAAUAAUAAUAAUAAAAGGCAGAGUUGAAGGAAUGGCCUGUGUGUGAGAGAGAGAGUUUAUCAGCUGUGCUGUACUUGCUUGCUUUGACUCCUGACUUACCUUCAGCUCUCUCCCCUCCAAAGCUCACUAGGGGAAUCCCCCUCAAAGUCUGCAGGCUCGCCCAACAUAAAAGAAGAGGCGAAAGAGUUAUUUAUGUCAAAUACCAAGUGUUUUCUGUUAGCAAAUACUGUUUUGUCUACCUCUUUAAGAAUUAUUAUUUCAAAUCGCUCUUCCAAGGUCAGGCAGCGUUUCAGCAGCUUCCUUACUCGGGGAAGGCUUGUUGUUUUCAUAAGAUGCUAAGAGACCAUAUGCAGGAUCCAGAGCUGCAGUAGCAGAACAGUUCAAGUUACUGAAGCCUUCAGCUUGGCAGGUCCUCUGCCUCUGGCCCCUGAGCGACGGCCUUGAAUCUCGCUUGCUUAUUGCAAACAAAUGCAAUGCGUACGUAAAUAUUCCUUAAUGUCAUUAUGGUGUUCCACGCAGGCUAGGAAAAAGAAAUAGAGAUGAGGCAAGUCCUUCUCAGCUUAUUUGUGACCAAUGAGCACCUUUGGUGGAAAAACCUGAAAAAUACUUACUAUGUAUAAUUUGCACAUCCAGAUUCUCGCCUAUUCCUAUAAUGCAUGAAGCAAUUUAAAAGUGGGGUGGGGGUUUCCAGCAGUUUCUUUAGAUCCCUGUAGAAAGAACUCUUGUCUGCUUGUGGGCUUCUCAGAGAUGUUUGGAGACAUCUGGACCAGAUGGACUUUUGGUUUGAUCGGCCAGGUUCUUUAUGUUGCUUUCAACGGUUGCUGGAAAUAGCGUAUAGUGGUAAGGAUAUCUGGGAGCUGCAAGUACUAACAGACACUAACUAAAAGGCACUGAAAUCCUGGGAGCAAGUCCUAUUGAACACAGUGGGAUUCACGUCUGAAUCAACAGGGAGAAGGUUUCACUCCGCAUUUAGCUAAAGUCAGAUCUGCUCCACUGAGAGCUAUGGAACUGAAGUGGUUUAUAAUUAAGGACCUAUCUGCACUAUACAUUUAAAGCAGUAUCAUGCCACUUCAAAUAGGCCUUCAGGUGCCCUCUACCAGAGUUAAGUAAGCACAGGACUUUUACUGCAUUUAUCUCUUUUUCUCCAGCAUCUUUUUCCAUUUGGCAUGGAGGAUACCCCCACCCCAAGACAUCCCCCUUCACAAAUCCCCCAUUUCCCCACCCUGCAUCUGAUUUGGAGUUUGACUGCCUAGUGAUUUUGUGCUAUGGUACUGAAAGUAAGGAAGAUAGGAAACAACAGGGCAUGCUGACAGGCCCACCUGGCUAUAAUCUUCUCAAACCUACCUCUUUCUCCUUGCACUGUACAGUACCCGACAGAACAGUGGGAAAGUGAGGCACAAGCGCCAGGCAUUGCAGGACAUGGCACGGCCGCUAAAGCAGUGGUUGUACAAGCACCGAGACAACCCAUACCCCACUAAGACCGAGAAGAUCUUGCUGGCUCUUGGCUCCCAGAUGACUUUGGUGCAGGUAAGAAUGAGCUAUGCCCCGUUACCUGUGUGACUCGCACCAUCUCUGAAGAUGGGCUGGCCUGGUUGCCCCACUUGUACUGAGCAUCUUCAAGCUAAACUAGGUGUGAUUGCAGCAGAUCUGUGUGUUUUUAAACCAAGGUGUGACAUAAUUGCAUGGGAGGCAUCUCCCUAUAUCCCACUGCCCAAACUACGUCCUCCUCAGCCAGGCUCAGAUUUUGGAAGGGAGCUCAGGUGGGAGAAACAUAUAUUGGGUGGAGGAUCAGGAAAGGUGAGUCACAGCAGCUUUCGGCUCCCUUUGCAGGAUGUCGGUUUGCCGGAACAAAGGGAUGUCUUGGGAAAGGAGCAGGCUCUCUCUUCCAGUGGUUUGCCUCUUCGUCCAGGCCCUUUUCUCCCAACCCAGCUCACUUCUCAUUUCAGAUAAGAGAGACUGCAAGAAGGCCAGUUAUAUGAAGGGAAAGGCUUGUUACCCAGAGACAGCCCUACCUUUAAGCAGAGUGAGAUGACCAACUUAGAUGGCAGCAAGGCCUUGGGAGGAGAAAUUGGUUUGUGUGUAUCACGUGGCCUCUCUUCCCUAGGCUAACCUGCUGCCUUCAGGUGCAAUGGAGGCUGCUCCCUCAUCUCCAACGUUGAAGGAAGAUGCAACAGAGAGGUUGUAGCUCAGUGGUGGAGCACCUGCAGAAGGUCCCAGGCUCAGUCCCCAACAUCUCCAGGUUGGGCUGGGAGAGACCCCUGCCUGAAAUCCUGGAGAGCUGCUGCCAGUCAGUGUUGACAUUACUAGACUAGAUGGGACAAUGUUUUUACUGUGUAUAAGACAGCUUCUUAUAUCACCCAUGUAAACCCACACAACUGCUCCAAUCUGCAGAACUGGCAUUCUUACAGAUUCCACGUAAAAACUGCUCUGCAUUUUUAAGAAAUCAAUGUUUCAGUCCUGCAGUACCCACACUUUGCGACUCCCUGCUUAUUGACGCCAGGCAGGCAGCUUCCUCCACUCUUUCCAGUGCCUGCUAAAAACAUUUUUGUUUUGGCAAGCCUAUCCAGACAUGUAAAAGGUUGGCAUAUGUUUUAAUCUGGGUUUUAGCCUAUCGUUUGACUGGUUUUUUAAUGUUUCGAAUAGUUAUUUUAAUCCAAAUUUUAUGGGUUUCUUCUUUGUAUAAACCACUUUGAGGUUUUAUUACAAUCAAGGUUCUGUACAUGAAAUGGGGAGCACCAACUUAUCCUUUGCUUCAGGCAGCAAAAUUUCUUGGGGGAGUCCUGACAGUGCCUGGUACCCCCACACCCCUUUUAAAGCCAAAGAUUGAGGGGUUCCUGGAGGACAAAGUUGCCUUCCGCAACUAGGUAAUGAUAGCACAAAGUUCAUGGCAGCCUUUCUGGAACACCCUUCGCAAAACACUGUCCAGCCUCCAUUCAUUUUAGGAGAACUUGGGUUAGAGAGCACUUAAGGGCCAAAGUUUUUUGAACCGUGCCUUCUUGACUUCUCAGAGAUUAUGUUCUUCAGAAAUAAAAUGGCAUGUUUGGUAAAAGAACACUUCCUUUGUUGUCUGCAGAUCUGUCUUGGUUGACAUGUAGUCCAAAAGCAAAAAAUAAUAAUAUUAAAAUAAUAAUAAUCCAGAUGCUCCUUCCACACUUUGCCCAGAAAUGCUCUCACAUCUGCAUGAAAACACAUCAUUCAAGGGAAAGGAAAGAAUGAAGUUGUGGUCCAGAGCAGAUUACUGCUUACAAAGAACUGAUCCUCCGAGACACACAGGCAGGGGCACUAUCACAAAUCACACCAGAGUGAUUGCAGAACAGCCCCACUGCAGUCAAACUGACUCAGAUUGACAGUGAUGUAUCUGUGAGAACUGGGUCAUGUUUUCACAUCUACUUGGAAAAAAUUGUUUCUUGUUCCCAAAAGCUGCACACUCCAGAUUAUCAAAUAGUACUGCAUAACUGGCUUUAAUCUAGCACCGCACAGUGCCAGAACAUUUCUGGAGGAGACCAAAAUAAAAUGUGUUUUCCUGAUUUGUAUUUCCUAGGCUUACAUUCCUGAAGCUUAGAUUGGCCUCCUCCUUUUCACAUCAAUCUGUCCAAUUCCUUAACACUUGCUGGGUUCCUUUUAUUCAGUCCUGCUGUCCUUGUGUUUGAGCCAUAGCUUUAUGUUAAGUUGUUCUGGCAAGCCUUCCCUUCAUCACAGUAUCUUUGUUUGUUCCAUGCAUACCACUUCAAGAAGUGUUUGCUAACAAGUAAAAGCUGGGCAGCCAACCAGUUAGUUUUUAGCUAAUUAACUGGUUACACCUGCGCAUAUUCGCAUAUAAAGAAAAAAUAUAGUUUUAAUAUUUAGAGACUGUGAGUGUGGUCUUCAGGGACAUUUCCACUUCUGCCUUGCGCAGGACAAAGUUACUCAGAUAAUAGGGUGGCUGCUUAGACAUGGAUAAAUGCCACAACAAAAAAUUGCAAGAGGAUGCAGAUUGUGUAACAUCUGUAUAUGGUAAUUUAUAUGGGUCGUGUGCAAAUAAAUAAAUCUACUACUGCAAGGACCUUCGGCUGUGCAAAGGAAAUUCCUCUCCUUGUGCCUGGUGACACCGAAAUUGGUUACAGGGUUUCCCCCAGUCCUCUGAGGCACAUUUGGGGAGGGCAUCUGGAAAGGGAGAAGUUAGGAUGUGCAAGCAGAAAGCCUUGGGCUAGCGGAUCUAUUUAGAUACUGCCCUGCGCAUAGAUCCAAACUUAGAAGUGAUUACUGUAAAUUAAAUAGAUAUGCAAUACAUCUUCCCAUAGUGGAGAAUCAUAGAAAUGUAGAAUUGGAAGGAACCCCAGGGGUCAUCUAAUCCAAACCCCUGCAAUGCAGGAAUCACAGCUAAAUUGCAUGUGUUUCUUUCAUGUAAUACAUGCAUGCAGAAAAUGAGAUUCCCAGUGCGUACUACUGUUGUUCCCGAUACAACAUUGUGACCAGGUGACCUGUGUGCCUACUCAGUCUGCCAUCCAGGUGUUAACCAUUGAUGGUCAAUUUCAAGGCCUUUUCUGCUCUCCCUUCUAGUGUCACUUUAUCAUUAAAGCAGACCUGGACUGCACAGGCCUUCAAAGCGAGCAAGGCCUUCAAACAGCGAACAUUAUCUGACAACCCUUCAAAUGGAGGACUUGUCAUCCAUCAGCUAGGAUGCAAGGCUACCCUUUCUUUACAAUGUAGCUUGUCUUGUUAUUGCAUUAUGGUGGCUUUUAAAAACUGCUUAACUGGGGAAAUGUUUCUAGUCAAAUCAAGAUGUGUUGAAUCAAUUAAAUGUAGUAAGCCUACUUAAAAGAUGCACUCUCCUCUCACCCUGCCUGUGGCCUCGCCUCUCUUCUUCUGUGCUGAGUACUUUUGGCUGUUUCCUCUGUCCGUAUCGUCCCUGCAUCCCCAAGGUUUUUAUUUUUUGUCUUCUGCUUUCUUAACUCUUGCUUCAGUUCCAUCUACAUUAACACACAUACAUACAAAACCAAUUCUCAUGCACCAAGGAAAAUCCUACAGAAAGUUAAAAUAGUGUUUCACACUUCCCUGAGUAGAGGAAGUUUUACAGUUAGGGAGGUGUGUGUGUGUGUGUGUUUAUGAGGAAUCAUAGAGUCAUACAAUUGGGAGGAUCAUCUACCAUGGCCUUUCUCAACCUGUGGGUCCCCAGAUGAUGUUGAACUACAACUCCCAUGACCCCUAGCUAGCAAGGCCAGAGCUCAGGGAUGAUGGGAGUUGUAGUCCAACAACAUCUGGAGACCCAUAGGUUGAGAACCGCUGAUCUAGCACAACCCUCUGUAAUGCAGCUGUCCCGUGUGGGGAUCGAUCCUGCAAUCUUGACAUUAUCUGCACCACACUCCAACCAACUGAGCUAUCCAGGCCCCCGAGGAAGUGCUGUACUAGAGACCUAUGUUUGCAUGGCAUGUUUGCAGUAUCAAUUUCUUUUAACUGUACAAGCCCGGAAAGGGAGACUAGGCAAGCACGCAGACAAGUGCUUAGCUGUAAAAAUGCCAUCAGUUCUCCCAAAACCAACCGUGUGCCUUUUGGAAGACCCCCUGGUUCCUUUUUCACCAGCCAAAUGUAAAAAAAAUUUGGCUCCUGUUGGCUCUCAAAUUGUUUCGCUUAGCCCCAGCCAAGUAGAUGGAAGGAGUCCUGUGGCCACUAGCCACCAACUGCAUGACUUGGUCCACUUAGUGGGGUGUGGAAACCUGGCCAGUGGGCAAAGGGAGAGGUGGGGGGUGGUGAUGUGUCCUAUUUUAUAUAGGACAGUCCUCUGCUGUGCAGCCCAAGUCUGGUUUAAAGAUGAAGUACUAUAAGAAGCUCCUGCCAACCUAGCAGUUUGAAAGCACAUCAAAGUCCCGCUCCAGUGGGAAGGUAAAUGGCAUUUCCAUGCGCUGCUCUGGUUUGCCAGAAGCGGCUUAGUCAUUCUGGCCACAUGACCAGCUGUACACCGGCUCCCUCGGCCAAUAAAGCGAGAUGAGCGCCGCAACCCCAGAGUCGUCCGCGACUGGACCUAAUGAUCAGGGGUCCCUUUACCUUUACUAUAAGAAGAGAGCAAGAGGGCCCUUGAAGUUGCCAAUCAGUAGUUAGCACCACCUGGGCUGAGCAGUCACCUGGUCAGUUUUCUCAACUGUAGGGAGGUGCACUGUAUUUCUAUUUAAAUUAUAGGAAUUUGCACCAACUCAAUUGGCAUAUGCACAGAGAGGUCAUCAAUUUUGGUGAUGCUCUCAUUUAUUUAUUUUUUGGCAAUGUGUUAAGUGGACACUUUAGGUGCAGACCACAUGGCAGAGGACAAAACAAAAGGCAAAGGCAUUCUGCAGCUUCCUAAUUUGUCUUCAGUGCUACAAACCUGGCUGAGAGUAGGAAAUUUUUUUUCAAGAGGGGCAAAUGGCCUGUACAGAAGAGUUUGGUGGGUCCCGGGGUAGAUGGCCAAUAGCACACAGGCUGAUGGGAUGCCCGAUAUAUGUUGUCUAUUCCUGUGGAAGCUGAUUCUUUGGUGGAAAGGAAAUUUGUAAGGGCCCCAGGCCUCUAGAGAAGACUUGGGAAAAGAACCACUCAGCCUAAACGUAGUAGGCUGAAUGCUGAUUAUAUUCAUGCAACCCUAGCAAAGCCAAUGGAGCAGUAUGUAGUACAAGUUAUUAGCCGCCAGCCCUCCCGUUUUGCUUUAGAGUUCGAAACUUUAUACUCCUGAAACUAGCAGAACUGGAACAGGAAGCCAGAUCCGUCUAAAAGCCACAGCCUAUAUUUAUCUCGCCAAUUAGCCUCCAAUUUGGAGGCUAGCAAUUUGUCCUGCUAAUUUGCAAUGAAUAUGUCAUGUUUUCAUUUGCCCUAUUCCCGUAGGGGUGGAUUUAUUUUAUUUUAAAUUUGGGUUUAGCCAUUCCUAUGAAUUUAAGGGGGGGGGGAAUGAAGGAACAUUCUUUCCAGAAGGGGAAAUAUGAAUGGCUUUAUUGUUGAAUAUGAAGUUAUUUGCCACAGUAUGACUAAUGGACUGGUUCUGGCUUGCUAAGGAUCAUGCAAUAUUCAGGUUUUCACAUUCAUAUAUAGGAUGCAACUUACUCUGAAAGGGGGAGUAUUUUAAGUUACAGUCCCCUUCUUGAUUAUUAACAAUGUGUAGUAUGGGAUGAUAAUUAUAAUUCAACCAAAGAAGAUAAAGAUAGGCACAUUAUUUUGCUGUUUUGGAAAAUGGGGCUGCCACUUUUAAAUGAAACCAAGCCCAGGAAACACAUUUGCUGAAUGGAAACACUUUAUAGGAGUAAGUAGCAGGAACUAAGGAGUUGUAAGUAAUUUUUUUUUUACAAUUUUUAAUUAGUUUUUACAAUUUACAUUUAUAUUCAAAUAGUAUUCAUAAUAAUCAUACGCAUAAAAGAUUCCCUGAAUCCUUGAACUUCCCUCUACCCCUCCAUGGGUUCCAUUUACAUUCCCUUUUUCUUUUACUACAUCUUACAAGUUCUCCAUUUUCUUGAAAUUCCCUAUUUUCCCACAGUUCUUGUUACAAGUGUUGUUACAAUCCUGCCAAAGUUUUUAGUUGUUUACAGUGUUCUCCAAGAUAAAUUAUUUUUUUUAAAAAAAUUCCCAUUACUUAGUAAAGUUUCUAUCUUCUUGAUUUCUGAUCUUCCUGGUCAGGAGUUGUAGGUAAUUUCUAUUCCCUUCGUUUAGUCACGUCUCCCUAACCUGAAAAGCACGACACACAUUUUUGUGCGCACACCCACUUACUUACUUAUAUCCUGCCAUUCUUCCAUGAUGAAACUCAAGUUGGUAUUACAUUGGAUUCUUGGGUGGAGAUCUUCCAUACAGGCACUAAUCGAACCUGAGGCUGCUCAGCUUCAGCAAAGUGGCUGCAUCACAUGCCUUUAGGCUGGGGGUAGCCAAUAUGGCGCCAGACUACAGCUUCCACCAACUUUGACCAUUAGCCAUUCUGGCUGCCGCUGAUGGGCAUUUUAGUCCAACAAACAUCUGGAGGGCACCAUGUUCGCUACCCCUGCAUCUUGGGCAUAUGCCUUGCUGUUUAAGAAACCGUGUGUGAAAAUGGCUACUGAGUGUUUGCUUCCCAGGCCCGGAAAGCCCCAUUCUGGGAGUGAGGGCUGCAUGCCCAAUUAUUUGUGUGAGAAGAGAGCAGGCAGCUGAAUCCAUCCCUUUCUUCCCCCUUUCCCAAAUAGAUGAUUGGUGCUACAGCCAGCAAUCUGACUGUGCUGCUGUGGGUCUGGAACUAUAUACAACAACCCACUGCUGAUUUUGCAUGAUGCUGGGUUAUGGCCAACUAAUAUGAGACAUAUUAGUCUGUCACAUUAUAUAGUAGGGAUAUAUUUCAUGCUUCAGCUGUCCUUGUUGGCCAGGGGGCUGUUGUUAUUUUCUUUGGGGGAUUGUCAAAACUUGGCUGUUUACUAACAGUUGCUACUCUUCAGGAUAUAGUUCCCUCCUUGGGGGCUCUGGAACCCAUAGAGAAGUUUGAUCCCCCAACCUAAAAUGAUUGGGGAUUCUUGUUUUUAACAGCUAUCUUAUUUUAUUUGUGAGAUUUUUCAUUCUCCUGGAAUGCUUCAAAGAGGAGCUGUUCAUAUUCGCAUGAAUAAUGCUUGCGGUUGACAUGGAAAUGUUGAGAGUGCGGUGUUUGCUGCUGGCCUUUUCAACCAAAUAGUAGCACACGCACAUAAAUCACACUCGUUUUUAUUGCUUGUUGUAAAGAGCUCUGUGGAUAAUACCCUACUUUCUAUUGUUGCACGUGGCAGUCUGAUAAGGCCAAGGUAUGCUUCCGUGCUGCUCUUUGGCAAGCGAAUGCAUUGCCUUUGACAACUGCUGCAGACAUUAAAAGUCUCCCACUGGGAUGCUGAGCAUAUGAAUGGUCUUAGACAGAGUCAGAAAGCUGGUCAGUCUGCCUAGUGUCAGACGGUGCUUGUGACUUCCAGAUUACAGGGUCUUGUGCUAGCCUCACAAUCCUCUCUGUCAGAUGUAUGAAUUGCAUACCCUAUGACAUUCCUCAUAUGAAAAUAGGAGCAUUUCUCACUUGCCCCCCAUCCCUCCCCCACGCAGAGCAUUUCCUAUCAGAAGAAGGGCGAUUUCCACCACUACUACACCAUCAUCAUCAUUUUUUAUUUGUAUGCCGCAUUUUCACAGCUAAAAAAACAAUGCUCAAGGCAGCUUACAGCAUAACAAGAUUUACAUAAUUACAAAAGUCAUAAACAAUAAAUAAACCAUAUAAAAAAUGGGAAACAAUUUCCAUAUAAAUCAAAAUCUAAAACUAAGAAUACAGCAUUAAUAUCACAGUUUAAAAUGACAUAGGUAAAAAAUAGCAGCAAUUUAAACAAAAACAAAACAAUGAGGCACAUCCUCCAUCAUACUGAGAAAACCCCCUAAUUCCAGUUUUAUUCUAUUCUUUGGUGGAUGUGCAAAAAGAAAAACACACGCCAAUAAACACAUCUUAGAAAGGGGCAAGAUCAGAAUGGAUGCACAAAGUAUUCUUAUUUUUAUAUCGAGACUCUUUGCGCUCCGCUCCUCCUUGCUUGCUCUCCAGCAGCCGCUACAAGUUGCCCAGGGCCAAGGAGAGGUAACGGGAUGCUCCUUCCCCAUCGCUCAGGACAAGCGCUGGCUCAUCCUCCUUUUUGAGCUUGGCGGCGGCAGCAGCACUGGCAGGCGAAAUAGGGACAUUCCAGGAUCAGAUCAGAAGCUGGGGUGACUUUCGUAAUCCUAGGACUGACCCUGGGAAAUUAGGAUGCUUGGAGGGUAUGGCAUUGAUCAGUAACCACUGCCAGCGGAAGGUCACGACUGCAUGGCUGGGCUGCAGAAAUGGGAAGUGUUGAACUCAGAACCCCUGAAAUUGCAGCUGUGCUUCAUGUUUGUAUCGUCACAGGAAGUGCAACCUGUUGCAUCCUCCUUGCGGAAAGAGGGACAAGGCAGUAUUUUGUUCUUCCUUGUUCCUCUGAAGCAACAGAAGUGCAAGAUGAUAUAGACGUGGCCUUGGGAUGAAGGCUUAUGCAUAUAUUUAAGCUGCUUACCUCAAAACCAUAAAGGUGGCUUCUAAUAAAGUUAGAUUAAGUACUAAAUAUUUUCAGUGUUCAUACUUCUUUCAUUUUGGCUUUUGAUGAAAUAAAAAUGCGAACAGUCUACUUGUUUCUCUUUCACGUGUCACAAAACACACGCCAGUGAGAAAACUCUUCAGUUCUCUCUUGAAGGAGGGAGAAAACUAAUGCAUUUUGUCUUUUAUUUAGGUGUCAAACUGGUUUGCCAAUGCAAGACGCCGCCUUAAAAAUACUGUCCGGCAACCAGACCUCAGCUGGGCUUUGCGAAUCAAGCUGUACAACAAGUAUGUUCAAGGAAAUGCUGAAAGACUUAGUGUAAGCAGCGAUGAUUCAUGUUCAGAAGGUUUGUUUUCAAUAUAUAUUUUUGUAGAUGUCCAAGCAAAGCCAGUAAAAUUGAAAGUGGCCGACAAUUCUCAAGGAGUUGGUGCUCUUGCAAGCUGCAACACAUAUGCAUGCUAAAAUUUAAGAAGCAUCCAUUCUGGCUUUGAGGAAGAUGAAAUCCUGGAAGCCAUAGGGCUUAGGUGAUCCCUACUCUCUGUACUUUUUAUUUCAUUUUACAAUGUUUUUAUGACUGGCUAUCCAGGCAGCUGAUGGCUUUAGGACUUCUGUGGAAGCACCUGCUAGGCAUCAGAGCCUUGGUCCAUUUUGUCUCCAUUUUGGUCAGAUGCUGGCAGUUCAAGGAAUUCUUUUGCCAUCUGCCUACACUUCCUCAGAAUGAAUACUGUAUUAGGUAGCCACUGUGUUUUCUCUUUUGCAAGAUGGAAACUAUCCCUUGUCAGAUUGGGCUGCAAUUCCUAGGGCUAUCUUUGCUGCCACAGUCAAAACAAAAUAAAAAAAUUCCUUCCAGUAGCACCUUAGAAACCAACUAAGUUUGUUAUUGGUAUGAGCUUUCGUUUGCAUGCACACUUCUUCAGAUACACUGAAACAGAAGUCACCAGACCCUUCUAUAUAGUGAGAGGGUGGGGAGGGGUAUUACUCAGAAGGGUGGUGGGAAUGGGUGAUUGGCUGAUAGGUGUGGUAAACCUGUUGACGACUGUUAAUGACUGCAAUUGGUCUUACAGGAAAAAGCAAGGUGUGAGAUGGCUAAAAAUAGCCUUAUCAUAUAUAAUGAGAUGUAUAAUGCUGCCACAGACACCCCAAAAAGUCAGGUCCAUCUAGGCUCUUGUGCUACAUUACUCCCUAAAAUAAUGGUGGUGAUCACUCUGACAGAACGUCAGCAACACUCCUGCAUGUCAUCGAUAGAUGCCCAUCAACAAUUUGAUUUCAGCAAUUCUCGAAUGGUGCACCACACCAUUUGACCAGAUUUAAUUUCACGACCUGUUCAGCAAAUAAAACAUAUGCUGAUCAUAAAUCACUCCAUGUAAUUCGUACUGAAGAUCAAAAGAAUGCUCAAGAAAUACCUUACCCCUUCUUCUAGUUUGAAGAAAUAAUCUGAAACUGGUUUUAGAUGAGGCAGGGGAAGUGACUGGUGGCAUUUAAUGUAUUUUCAAAAUGGCCCUUCUUAUAAUCUAGUCUGAUCUCACUUAUCCUCUAAAGGAUGAAUUAUGAAUAAAAAUAUUUUUAAAAAAAGAUACAUAGGUAAUGGUGUUCUCUGAUGGGUCUUCUCUCUUCAGAUGGCGAAAACCCUCCCAGAAGCCAUAUGAAUGAAGGGGGAUACAACACACCCGUUCAUCACACCGUGAUUAAGACUGAAAGCUCAGUAAUUAAAUCUGGAGUUAGACCAGAAGGAAGUGCCAAUGAGGAUUAUGUAUCGCCCCCCAAAUACAAAAACAGCUUGUUGAACCGCUACCUGAAUGACUCGUUGAGGCACGUCAUGGCCACAAAUGCAGCCAUGAUGGAAAAAACAAGGCAAAGGAAUCAUUCGGGUUCGUUUAGCUCCAAUGAAUUUGAAGAGGAACUGGUGUCUCCGUCAUCCUCCGAGACUGAAGGCAACUUUGUCUAUCGGACAGGUAGGGUAUAAUUUCCAAAGCUCUCGUGUUUUGUUCAUUCAUUCAACCUGGAAACAAAUGUUAUGGCUCCUGGUGGUGCUAAUUGGUCUUCUCAGAGUGUUUAUAAAUCAUAGCACUUUUAAUUAUGGCAAGUACCAUGAAAAUGCAGCCAUCUCAUCAGCAACCUAGUGAGGUAGGUCAUUGUGGUUUUUCCUGGGGUUUUUUGCAGAUGGAUGUUUUCAGAUGAGAGUGAAUGACCUGGUUAGCCUCCCAAGUGUUGCUAUGAUAAACUGAAUGUGAAAACCAGUCAUAAGUUCCAACAUGAGGACACAGCUCGUUGAUCUACUUCGGCUCAGUUAAAAUACAGUGGCUUUAUGGGUGACCAAGACUCAUCCAGAACCUGUCUUGGAUAGCCAUGAUCAGUACUAGAUUAUGAAAUACAGUCUUCUUAAUUUGUGUAUCCAAGCAUGUGUAUAUACACUUGCUGUACUGUUUUUUCCUUCAAGAAAGGCACAAAAGAGUUUGUGUAACCGAAAGUAGGUGCUGGUGGAAAAUAUCUGAGUUUAGGCCACCAGUACUGAAAUGGGUACCGCAGAUCUUGAAAUAUUCCUGCACACCUAUCUUCAGAUAAGUCCAUAUACAGAUUCGCAGCAAUUACCAGUUAGGAACUUAGCUGGGGUAUUAAUCAUUCCAGCCAUGGAAGAUAGAAGUGCCUCAUUCUUGAAGACCUGUGGGGAAUGGGUUGGUAAACUAUAGAUAACUGAAACUUUCUAAAACUGGAUCAGUUCAGGGCAUCCUUUGUUUGAUCUUAUCACAUAUAUGGUAUGCUUGGAUUAAUACAGUCAUAACGUGGUUCUCAAACGGAAUCCAUUCCAGAAUUUCGUUCGACUUCUGAAAAUGUUUUAAAACCAAGGCACAGCUUCCGAUUGGCUGCAGGAGCUUCCUGCACUCAGUCGGAAGCCAGGUUUGUGGCGUUCAGGAGCCAAAACGUUUGAGUCGCAAGGUGUUCGACAAUCAAGGUACGACUGUAUAGUCAUCAUCCCUGACCACUGGCCAUGAUGGUUGGAGCCAACGUCCAACAACAUUUGGAGAGCAACAUGUUGGGGAAGGCUGUUCAAGGCUUUUUGUGGGGAUUCUGAAGAUUGCUUGGCUGGAUUUCAGACAUGCACGUUCUGUUUGGUUUAAUCCUCAAGAUUUCCAGAACUUCAGCAGGUCUUCCACUUGAAGACUAAAUGAUCACACCUUGAGUUGAGGAGGUUGGCUGGGUGCAGUAUAACAUAGUGCUCUAAAACAUUUUGCGUAGAGUAGGAGCUGUGGUUGCAUAGUUAGUGUUUUCCAAGUGAAAUCUCUUGGUUUUUCGAAAGCUAUUUUUCAACAUUCCAAGUGCAUUUGGUCUACAUUAUGUGAUAAUCGCCUGCCAAAUUUUAGUUUUAAAAUGAGUGUUGUUCAAAUGAGCACACGGUAACUUAAGACAAGUAAACUUCUGGUUUUCUAUACUUACACAACUGGAAUUUUAAAAACGGGCAUAAUCUUGAGUAAUCAAAUUGUUACUGGACUCUGUCUCUUGCCUGCCAGCAUUUUAGCUUUGAGUGGGGAAAAAAGGCUCUUUUAAUAGGCUGCGGCAGCUGUACGAUAACCGCUGCAGCAUUAACGGGCUGAGCAUUUGGAAAAACAAGCUACAAAUUGUUACACGAUCGCUCUAAUCUCCCUGUUUUUAUGUGUGCAGAACCUCUCCUAUUUAGCAUGCAGUCACACUUACCUUUCACUGCAACACUUUUUUUAUUCAAAGCGCAAAGCAACAAAGAGGUAGAUUCAUAGCAUGUUCAUAGCUGCAAACAAUUCUAGUGGGUUCCCCCCCACCCCGCACAUACUAAAACUGAAAGAACAAAAUUUAUUUUAUACAUGGCGUGGUGUUGUAUUGAGCCCUUGCAUCUACUUCUAAAAUAUAUUAUAUUCCAGAAUUUAUUUUACUACUAUCUUUUAUAAACAUCUUGGCCAUCUUGGAUCAGUCUGUUCCGUAAAUGCCAUGAAGAUAACUUGCAUCUUUCUUUUUUCUCUCUCUCUUUUUAAAUCCUCAACAAUGUAUUAUCAUUUUCUGAGGUCUUCCGAAACGUCUGCAUAUAAAAACCCUAGUGGAACUUAACAGCGUGUGGCUAUUUUGACCUCUUUCCAUACAUACAGUUUGGAUGACAGAACCAAAAACAUUUUCCAGAGGGGGAGCCAUAUAAGCCUGUUGCAGCAAAAAAAGGUCUUGUGGCACCUUUUUAAAGCCUGACACAUUUAUUAUGGCAUAAGCUUGAGUGGCCUGAAGCCCACUUCAUCAGAUGUAUGAAAUGCAAUCCUAAACUGGCAGGCAUUUAACGGGAUGGGCGGGGGAGUGAGGUCAGAAGGAAAUGAAAUGCAAAAAGAACAGUGGCAAUUAUGUAAAAAGCAAAAUAGUUAGCGGCCAUUAACAAAGCCUAUUUUCCAGAGGGCAUUUGGAGGAGGAGAGACCUAAUUGCCACUUUGUGGCUCCUUGUUGUAAGUUCUAAAUGGAUUGUGUGUGUUUUUCUGGAUUUUGUUGUCUCUUUGUUUCUUUUGCAAAUCUCUCCUGUGGCCUGUGCAAAAUGGUUCAAUAGAAACCAUAGAAAGAAAGAAGGAAAGAAAGAAAGAAAGAAAGAAAGAAAGAAAGAAAGAAAGAGGUGUUGGCGAUAACGUAAACUGUCUGGUAUUCCAAGUCAGUUUCUGCCACGUUAAUUACAUCCUGCAGUGUUAGUUUGGAAUGUUGGUUCGUGCAAGCUAUCUUAAAUCACAAUUAUUAGCAUCCAUACCAAGUAUAUAUAUAUAUUUGUUAUACUUUGCUGUUACACGAGACUCCCCACUGUUCUCCGGCCAUUCAUCUUAACCCAAGUAUAAUUGUUGCAAUGAGACUGUAUUGUUCGGAGUGAUUGCCACUGGGGCCAGCCAAUCAACGUUCUGCACAGCCAGCUUCUGAACUCAGUUCUCUUAAGAGGGUUAUGCCAUCUCCAUCUGACAACUCACCAAACAGUGUGAAUAUAGAGUUGUAGCACGCUCUCUACUCAUCCUAAUGUCUGUGUGCAAAUCAAAGUGGCAAAAUUCUGUGCAUCAGCACUGCUUGCUAAGAACCAGACGAUUAAAGCUUCUGAACCAACCACACUACCACCCAACAUCUCAAUUUAGUGUAGUUGUCAGCAUGUAAUGUGGCACCCCAGGGCUAUGCUGCCCAUGAGGCAGAGCAAACCAGCCGCCGCUGGCAGUGGAAUCCUAUGGGGCAGUGCCCCUGCGGGCAUCCCACCUGCCCCUGCUGCCACUGCAGUCGCAUGACAUCUCACUGGAAGCUGCCACUGGAGCCACGCAACCCCAGUGAGCACGGCUUCAUUGGGCAAGGAGUGGGGCUGGGCGGCCAGCACUGUUUUGCUUCUUUGCUAUGCUGCUUUCCCAAAUACAGUGGUACCUCGGGUUACAGAUGCUUCAGGUUACAGACGCUUCAGGUUACAGACUCCACUAACUCAGAAAUAGUACCUCGGGUUAACAACUUUACCCCAGAAUGAGAACAGAAAUCACACGGCGGCAGUGGUAGGCCCCAUUAGCUAAAGUGGUACCUCAGGUUAAGAACAGUUUCAGGUUAAGAACGGACCUCCAGAACGAAUUAAGUUAUUAACCCGAGGUACCACUGUAGACUUUUGCUGGCCUGUACGCGAUAAAAAUUGUGUUUGAUUGCAAUUUAGCGGAGGAUCUGUGAUUAUAUCAACCAAGAUGGAUUGUUCGCUUGACAGCUGGUUGGUACAUGUAAAAGAUAUACUCAGAAGUUUCAAGUAGUGUUGAGUGGGAAGAUUGUGGCUUUUGCCUCACUGGAAUGUAUGAGUUGCGUUACCCAGAUUGUGGUAACUAUGGAAAAUGCAUUGUAUUUGGGUUUGAUUGGUGUUGGAUCUCAGGGCCAGCACUUGGUGUUGAUACCAGAGCUUAUUCCUGGAACAUAGCAAGUAAGAAUAGCUGUGAAUGCCUCUGUGAAAGCACAGAGUGCAUUGCCACCGAGUAGCUACAGCACGUCUGAGCUGAAUUGAGCUCUAGGGCCUGAUGGUAUACAUUGCCUCUUUAAAGCACAUUAUUUCCUUCAAAGAAUUUUGGGCACUGUAGUUUGUUAAGGAUUGCUGUGAAUUAUUAAUUCUGUCAUGAGUGUACAUUAUAGUGCCCAGAAUUCUUUGAGGAAAAUAAUGCGCUUCAAAGAUGUAGUGUAUACACAGGCUUCGUCUUAACAGAAAUUGAACUCUUAAGAACUUCAGUCCAGAGCUUAUUUGAAAGCAGCAGCUCCAGAUCGUAUUGAGAAAUUAAGAGCAGUGGACAACAGAACAAAGGAGAACUGAAAAGAUGGGGCUGUCGUUGAUUUUAUUUGCAUUUGUGUUGGUCGGGAAGGCAGAGCAAUUAAAAAUGAAGCAAUUUAGAUGGGGAGAUCUUGAAAAGGCUGUUUUUGAAGACUAUUGCUUAUUUUAGGUGUUUACAUUGAGGGGAAUUUGUGGGUUUUGGAUCUCUCCUCACUUUCUUAUUGACUUCCCUUUUUGCCCCUCUAUUUAUGGCGCUUGACCUUUAAUAUGUUCUGUAGCAAUAGAUGCAGCACCACAAUUCCCAGUGGUUCUUCUGAAAAGUCAGAGUGCUCUACAUCUUAACUGAAAGACUGUUCAGAAGAGGCCAGAUUCAUAGGUAUACUGUCUUGUCUGCCUUGCCAAAUUUUGUUGUUUCCAGUUAACUUUUACAAAACAUAACAUGUAUUUUAUUUUAUUUUGGUUUUUAAAAGGGCAAUAAGUGCUGCUCUUUUUUCCAGGACCAUUCAGGGGCUUGCAAAAAACAACAACCCCAAAACCCUCAAGCCACUCCUGAACAUCUGAACUGCAUUUUGGUGAAAUGUGCUGUAGAUUUCUCUAAAGGAAAGCGGCAUUGUCGUCAAAUGCCCGCCCCUACAAAGUGCAAAACCAGACUCAUGCAGCAGGAAAAUGAGAAUAUCAAAUAAAGCAUGAAUUCACAUUACUGAUAUGUAAAGGACGUGUAAUAUUUAUGGGAUAUUUGUAAAAAAAAGAAGUUGGCUAAAAGGCGUUUUAAAGCAUUCUUGUUUUUUAAACGCUUAGCUUUAAUUGCCACUGUAAGAUGACUAUCACAGGUCCUGAAAACAGGUUGUAUUUUGAUGCUACUUAAUGAUACUGAUGGUGGCUUCUAGGGCAAGUGACAACCAAGUAGUUUCUAUUGAUUUUUUUUUUUUUAAUGCAUCUAUAGAGUCAGCUAAACCAUUUAUGACGUCAGUCAGAUUUAUCCAUUUUGGAAUGGAUAGGAAUCUACUAUCUUUGGUAAUAUAACCUGCUCCUUGGCAAUAUAAAAGAUGAUACAUGCAUGUGCGACUCCUCCCUUUAUAAAAAGUAUUCUGACCAUGCAUCCAUGGUAGUGCUGAAAUGCACUUAUCUUAUUUGCAUUUCUCUCUUGCCCUGUCGCUGAUGCCUGGGUUCGGACGUAACAGAUAACAUUGGCUUCGUGCUACGUGAAUACAUGCUCCUCUCUCCUUUUCCUUCCAUGCCUGGGGGGUGGGAUGAGAAGCUUCUGCUUCUGGUUUUAAACUAACCACAGUUCCCUGUGAUGCUGGAGCUUGGAAUUGUGGAUUGUUUAAACAAUUAUUACAGAAUCAAACUGAGGUGUCUUUUUUUUUUUUUGGUGAAAGUUAUCAUUUAAAGUAAAGGGUUUCAACAUCACAGGGAAGUGUGGUUGGUUUGAAACAAGAAGCAGAUGCUUUUAAUCUCUUCCUCCUGGUGUGUGGAUGGGGGAAAGCAGCAGCCAGAGGCUUGCAGCUGCUUAUUAGUCAUCUUAUUUAUUUUAUUUUUAUCUUGCACUUAUAAUCCUGCCUUUCUUCCACCGUGCAAUCCAAGGAGAUGUACAUGUGGCUGUUAGGCAGCCUGCCACCCAGGCACUGGACCCAAUGGGGACCUCUUCUGCCUUCAGACAACGUUCUAGGAUCAUUUUCAGAUCCAUCCUAAAUUAUGCUCUGAAGAGUUCACAAGAAAUAAUAAACAUAUAGGUUCAAUGGACACAAUGAUAUAUCUAUGCUGCAAUACUUCAUAAUAUAGUGUAUAUAUCUACAUUAACAUAAUAACGAACACUACAAUUUUUUCCCAAGUGUUGUUAGACUUCAACAACUACAGCCUCAGCCAGCAAAGAAUUGUAUUCUGCAACAUCUGGAAGGCUAGAUUAUCCCCAUCCCUGUUUUAGCAGGAAACCAUGGUUUCCUGUUACCCCAGAACUGGGAUUAAGUCUCAAGGUGAGCAGCUACCACAUUAUAUUGUUUUCAUAUUAUUCAUUUCCUUUUCUGUUUCUUCUCCAAAUCUUUUGGAUCAAAAAGGUAGCACUUAAAAUAAUUGUCCGGGUUUCUCUAAGACCAAGUCGGCAUUGUCACCUGGAGUUAAGCUAGAACAGGUUGUACAAUUUUACCCCAUCAUGCCUGCUCCUUGAUCUAGUGAUACAUUAUUUCUUCCUGCUUAACGUAAGACCCACUGGAAGAUAAUUUUGCUAGUUUUUAGCUGCUGAAUUGCUUCUCACAACCCCACAUACAUGCUCAGAAUUGGCAAUGGUAAGUAUUUUUUCAGAAAAGCCCCCUCAAUUUUUAUAAUCCUGUGAUGUUAAACUUUUGCAGCCUAUCACUGAACACACACACCACUGUCUUCCUUACUCACCCCAGGGACAGAAAAUAUCAGAGGAUCUCAUCUCCCAAAUUUCAGGAUGCUCUUGAGCAUAGGGAAAUAGAUAGCUAUGGCGCCUCCAGUCCAACCGCUGUUGGUUGUGCUUUGGUGAAACAGAACAGGUGAGACACAGCAGAGAUCCAUGAUCUCUGGGCUGCAUCAAUAGGAGUAUAGCAUCUAGAUCAAGGGAAGUAAUAGUGCCACUGUAUUCUGCUCUGGUCAGACCUCACCUAGAGUACUGUGUCCAGUUCUGGGCACCACAGUUCAAGAAGGACACUGACAAACUGGAACGUGUCCAGAGGAGGACAACCAAAAUGGUCAAAGGCCUGGAAACGAUGCCUUAUGAGGAACGGCUAAGGGAGCUGGGCAUGUUUAGCCUGGAGAAGAGGAGGUUAAGGGGUGAUAUGAUAGCCAUGUUCAAAUAUAUAAUAGGAUGUCACAUAGAGGAGGGAGAAAGGUUGUUUUCUGCUGCUCCAGAGAAGCGGACAUGGAGCAAUGGAUCCAAACUACAAGAAAGAAGAUUCCACCUAAACAUUAGGAAGAACUUCCUGACAGUAAGAGCUGUUCGACAGUGGAAUUUGCUGCCAAGGAAUGUGGUGGAGUCUCCUUCUUUGGAGGUCUUUAAGCAGAGGCUUGACAACCAUAUGUCAGGAGUGCUCUGAUGGUGUUUCCUGCUUGGCAGGGGGUUGGACUCGAUGGCCCUUGUGGUCUCUUCCAACUCUAUGAUUCUAUUCUAUGACUUUGAGGGGACCCUCUACAGCAAAGCAGCACUGUGGGAGGUUUUAUAUAUAUAAUUUUUAUUUGUUUUUGCACACGUAUUCCAAACAUAACAUCCCAUCUUAUACAAUAUAACAAACCUUUGGCUAUCACAGCCUAGGACUUCCGUCAACCUCGACUAAUGGUUUUCUAACUUUCUUUCUGAUUUUACAUUUUAUUUUAAUAGUUAUUGCUAUAAAAUCCAAACACUAAAUAAACUCCUUCUUAGUCCUUUUUUGCAAUAAUUCAUAUAGUUCUCCUUACAAAACUUCUUGCAACCCUACAAGCGAUGUCACCUGAUUACAAUUGUCUUUCAAAUAUAUCAUAAAUUUCUUCCAAUCUUUCAGGAAAGUCUGGUCUUGCUGGUUCCGAAUUUUCCCGGUUAAUUUUGCCAACUCGGCAUAGUCCAUCAGUUUCACCUGCCAGUCUUCUUUUGUUGGUAGUUCUUCUUGCUUCCAUCGUUGGGCUAAUAGUAUUCUUGCUGCAGUUGGCGCACUGUGGGAGGUUUUGUACAGGAUGAUGAUGCAGCAAGAAGUGGUAAGCAAAAGGAGGGACCCCAAAGCCAUUUUUCCUCCCCCUGAUGGCAACACCUUGUCAAAAUUCCAGGUUCAUUUGUCUGCAGAAGUGCCUUCCUUUUAGUUGAGCACACUUCUGGCCAGUGGCGUAGCAUGGGGGGUCCAGGGGGGGCCGGCCGCACCGGGCGCAACAUCGGGGGGGGUGCACUCGCACUCGUAGCUCUCUGCCCCUACCUGGCUCACGGGUUAGGGGGCGCAAAUUACUUGCCUUGCCCCGGGUGGUGACAACCCACGCUACGCCACUGCUUCUGGCAUCAACAUUUGGCUAAGGAUAGAUAGCCUAGAUGACUGUAAUGGAGAAGUGAAGCUACAGGGCGGGGAAGGGAUUGACAUUCCUUGCUGUGUGACUGGGGUGAGUCCACAAAUCUGUCUCCAUCUCCUUCUGGUUGGCCCAACACACUUGCUCCAAUGGGGCUUAGUCAUGACUUCACUCUUCCUGUACUGGGGCCAAGAAGCUUUCUAAUCUCCAUCCAGUUAAGGUGUGUAAGGAUCUGGGCGAUAUUAAAAAAGAAGACUUCUUUUCUGGCUAUCCUGGCCUCCGUGAAACUCUUCCAGCACCUGGUCCCCAUUUAGGAUUGUGGCCAACCAAAUUUUGUAAGAAAGCCACCAUUUUAAAGAUAGCAUAUUUAAAGAGUGUGAAACCUGGAAAAGAAAACGAGACCCCGAAGAAACAAUAAAUUGCUGAUUUAAUUUUAAAUCUUCUUUAAGGCCAGGUGGGUUAAAAUAGUUAAUUCAUGUCCCACUGGAUAUAUAUGGGUCGCAUAUCGUAUUUCUUACUGACAUUACACUCACACUCACCUAGCUUGCAAAAUUUUGAAAAGUUUCCUCUUAGCUUAGUGGGGGGGGGGAGCUUUGGUGCAAUCCACUUCAGUUUUGUUACAAGCAGAUGCCACUAAUUUCAUAGUCCCAUGGGGAGGACAAUUUAAAAGCCCAGUGGGCAGCUACUUGGCUACCUCCCUAUGAAAGUAAAUUGGAACUGAGUGACUCAGGGGGCAGUAUAUGCAACCUGCUUGCUCAGUGGAAGUGGCUGCCUCUUGCAGACCUUGCUAUGAGUUGAAGCUGCAGUUUAUUCCAACAAUUUGCAUACCACUUAAUCACAGUUGUCAUUAAGUGGUGACCCAAUAAGGCUAAAAAUGAGUUUAAACUGUAAAAUCAGAGUUCAAUCAAAACACCUGCUGGAAUAAAAUAAUAAGUUCCGUUGUGAGGGGCCCAGUUUGACCUCAACUGAAAGGAAGCACCAUAAAAUCGGGCCCACAUUAACAAACGAAUUGCUCCUGGUAGAUACUCUGCAUCCAAGUCAUGGAGCAGCGCUCCCCUGAAGACGGUAGUGAUAGAGCAGGAAUAUAAGGGAUAGGGCUCAAGGUAUCCGGGACCCAAGUUGUUAAAGGCUUUGUAAAUGAAGAAGAAAGGCUUGAACUUGGCCUGGUAAUGUAUGGGCAGCCAAUGCCUGGUUAUGAGCACUGGAGUAAUUAUGUACAGCAUUAUUCACCCUGGCUGUGCAUGGAUGUGUAGGAAAAUGUAUGUGUGCAAAGAAAGCGCCAUGAUUCUAAUUGAAGAGAAAAUACAGAAGAUGGAGAAAGCCACAUUCUGUGGAAUCUUUGCACGUGAGGUGUGAAGGGGAGAUGCGCAAGCCGCCAUUGGCUGGGCCUCCCAAGUAAAAAAAGGUAAACGGACCCUUGACCAUUAGGUCCAGUUGUGGCCGACUCUGGGGUUGCGGCGCUCAUGUCGCUUUUUUGGCCGAGGGAGCCAGCGUACAGCUUCCAGGUCAUGUGGCCAGCAUGACUAAGCCGCUUCUGGCGAACCAGAGCAGUGCACGGAAACACCGUUUACCUUCCCGCCGGAGCGGUACCUAUUUAUCUACUUGCACUUUGACGUGCUUUCGAACUGCUAGGUUGGCAGGAGCAGAGACCGAGCAACGGGAGCUCAUCCCGUCGUGGGGAUUUGAACCGCCGACCUUCUGAUCAGCAAGUCCUAGGCUCUGUGGUUUAACCCACAGUGCCACCUGCGUCCCUAUGGGCCUCCCAAGUAUAUGCUCCCAAAGUAUAUGGCUAUUGAGUGCAUGGGGAAUCCGCUUCAUUUUGCAUUGUAUUUACUGUGGUGAAUACUGUUUUGUUUUGGCUUCUGUGUAAAGUGUCUAGCAGCAGCAUGAUGGGCAAAUGACAUGCGAUGCUAAGUGCACCACUAGAAACCACAUCGGUUUUGAGAAAUGUUGAAUAGCUUCUGCGCCUCCCAGAUUUUCAUUGGAACUGACUGCAGCGUGUGGUCCUCUCCCUGUCUGCUGAAGUUCCCCCCAAAAUGGAGGCCCCUACACCUGCAGUGAAAGUUUUUAAAAAUACUGAUGUAGUUGACAUGUUCAGGGUCAUGCACAGUUUGACCCUAAGUAUAUGCAGGAAGGGGUCAUGUCUUCACUUUGAAGAACUGCCCUUGAAAUUGCACACAUUAAAUCCUUUCUGAAAGACUAUUUGGUUUCUAAUAUUGCAUGCCCAAAGCUUAAAUGUUGAAAACGAUUAAGCUAUUUUUCAAUUAGUGCUUUGUGUUGAUCAUCUACCUUCUGCUGUGCUUGGUUUGAGCGUUCCAGUUCCUCCUUGUGACCUCUGGACAGGGGUGUGUGUGUGUGUGUGUGUGUGUGUGUGUACAUUUUAGUACACUAAAGCCUGUGCAUAUGGCUAAAAUAUAAUUUUCAGGAGCAGAGCUCUCUCUUUUAACAGGGUUUUUUUUCUUGCAGGAGAAUGUUGUCACCCGACCAUUCGCCACCCACCCUGUGUGAGCACAUGUUUGAAGUAAAGCUUUAGUGCUCAGUUGAAUGGAAGUGACACGCAUACAUACUUAUGAGGAAGCAAGAGUAUGAUUAACGGAAAGCCCAAAAUGUUAAUUCUACAGUAGCGUGGAGGGGGAGUUAGAUUUGGGGAGACUGUAGUUCUUGGCAGUAAUAUGAAGGGAAAGGAGAGCCCGUAAAGACUUCAUUUCUUUCUGGAAAAAUGUCUGACUUGAAACCUUAUACCUGGGAGGUAUUUUUGUAGGUUCCAGUCUAUUGCUACUGCUUGAUGUAAAUAAGACAAUGGCGACUAACAAUUUGUUAAAUUCUACCUGUGCCUCUGUCUGAUCAGCCCAUGCCCCUUGUGUAAAAUUAGGCUAUCAUGGUGCUGUUCGUACCACUGCGUUUAAAGGUUGUAUCAGUAUUUCCACAAAACCCUUUUUUAAAAUAUACAUAGCCAAGCUUUUAUAAUCCAGCUGUAAAAAUUCAGUCUGGGUUGAAACUUGGCAAAGCACCGGACUUAUUCUCCCAUCUGUGCUGAAUGGAUUUAAGCAGGUACCUCUCAAUGAUAUCUGUCUGUGCAUUAAUGCACUUGCAAAUCUCUUGCUCUUUGAAGGGGGAAAUAAAACUGGAGGCAAUUUGCAGAGAGUAGACAUACCUGAAAAAGAAAUAAUAGCUUCCCCGGCAGACCUGGUAUAAAAUGGGGGGUUUUAAAAGCUUUUUACUUUCUAAAAGUGCAGCGUUUUUCAGCCAGUUACAUUUCUCCUUAUUCUGGUUUUAGUCGGAUUGUAGCUGUUGUCUACGUGGGCCAUUUCCCAUUUCAUCGCAGCCCCUCACCUUUAGUUGUGAUUUCUGCUACCAAAUUAUCAGAUUACCAGAUUUGCUCUUUAAAAAUACUAGACAGUGCCUGUGUGUCCCCUCCUUUCUAAUAAAGCUCUCACCUGUGUUCCAGUGUCCUACCUGGAUAUGAUGCCAGGGAUUGGACAUAAGACUUUCUUCGUGCAAAUAGUGGCUCUUCCCACUGUUCAACCAAACAGUGGUCGCACAUUGAUGCAGGGUUUGUACUCCUGGAACAGGAGCACCCAGUCUCUCCUGGGAAGAGUAAGAGGGCAUUGGGAUUGAGUCCAGAUACCUCACCUCUUCCCCAGUGGCAACAAGGGCCAGUACUGAUCAGCUGCUGGAAGUGCGGCUACAUGACUGUUGGCUUUGUCCCUUCACAGGCAGAGAAGCUGUUUGGGCUUCCAGGCUACUGGUGGUAUCAUUUGUUAAAAUAAAUUGAAUCGGAAUUUGGAAAUAAACAGCAUUUUGUUUUGCAAACGUUUUGGUAUCUCUGGACUUCUGCAGUUUCUUUCUAAUAACCAUUGUGUCACAUUCCAUUUUAAAUGAUUGUGACUGAUGGUUAAAGUGAAUUACAAGAGGGCUUCCCCUAAGAGUACCUUUUCCAAGUGGAUUUUGAAAAAGGUCAAAAAUGUUCUUAAAAGCUAAUACUCUUCACUCCUAAUAACAGUUUCCUAACUUACCUGUCUGAGUUAGGUUCUUUGUGACUUCAUAGACUGUUUCAUGCAAUGCCAGAGUUGAUGAACCAGUAUAUCCUCAUGUUUGAGCAAAUCCUGUGUCCCUUUAUAGAUCUGAGGUUUUGUGUUUUACCUACCAUGAUUUUAAGAACUGAUUUACGCAUUCUGCUGAAACUGGCCAUUUGGCCAUAAUUGCAAGAGCAGAGAGACUCCAUGAUGGAAGCGCUUGACUGAGCGAAACCAAAAUUUCUUUAGCAUGUAUCAGUGGAUCUUCUGAGGAGCGCUUAGGGUAGGAUCUGCAUUCCAGUGAAGCAAAAAGAAAAUAAAAUCUCACUGAUUUUAACACACCAUAAAGCUGUGGGUCUUUUUAUCCCAGCCACCUUCAGUUUUAUGUUCUAAUUGGCAAUACUUCACCAGUUCUGUGAAACCUUUCAACAGAUUUGUCUUGAAAGGAGAUGAGUAAAACAGAAUUACCACCACCAACCCCUUGUGCUCCAAAAGGUUAUGUUCAGACUCCCAAACAAGUGUGCAUAAUAUUGCAGGUUUUGGGUGGAAGGAGUCCAACGCAUAUUCUUGCAGUCAUGGAAGAAUUCUUGAUCCAGCGUAGGUGUCAGCUAACAAAAGCGGGAAGCUGUUUUAUUCCUUCUACAACUCCCCCCCCCCCCCAAUUCUACCUUCCACUUUGUUUCGGAGGGUCCCCCAGCUCUAUAGGACUUAUUUUUGGGAUGGCAGAAAUAGCAAAAAUCACUUUCCCUCCUCAUCUGUUAAUGGACACCUCCACUGGGGUCAACAGUCCUUCCAUAAGUGCAAGCACACCAGCUGGGUUCCAGUGAGGUCUGAGAAUGUGGAUAAGGUGCUAAUAAUAAUAAUAAUAAUAAUAAUAAUAAUAAUAGUAAUUUAUUUAUACCCUGCCCAUCUGGCUGAGUUUCCCCAGCCACUCUGGGUGGCUCCCAAUCAAGUGUUAAAAACAACACAGCAUUAAAUAUUAAAAACUUCCCUAAACAGGGCUGCCUACAGAUGUCUUUUAAAAAUAAGAUAGCUGCUUAUUUCCUUGGCAUCUGAUGGGAGGACGUUCCACAGGGUGGGUGCCACUACCAAGAAGGCCCUCUGUCUGGUUCCCUGUAACCUCACUUCUCGCAAUGAGGGAACCGCCAGAAGGCCCUUGGCGCUGGAUCUAAGUGUCUGGGUUGAAUGAUGGGGGUGGAGAUGCUCCUUCAGGUAUACAGGACUUCAGGGCUUUAAAGGUCAGCACCAACACUUUGAAUUGAGCUCGGAAACAUACUGGCAGUGGUUUCAGCACAGUAUGUUCUGUUGCUUCUUGACCACCAUGGGUGGUGUAGCUAGCCUGGUGUAGCCAGAUGGUUCAGGGAGUGGUUGACAUGUAUCUGCAUGAGGUGUUGGUGCCUGAUGGUUUGUAGCAGGCGGUAAUGUCCCUGGUCACAAAUACCCAUUUUUUGAUAAAGUGUUUAAAAGGGUAUCCGUGGUACAUCUGCAAACAGUUGAAGGAAUUUGAUGAUACUGAUGGUGUAGGCCUGGGCUUGGAGCAGAAUCUGUCUUGGUUGCCCAGGUGGAUUACCUUUUUCAGGAGAAAGGAUGAGUUUGAUCCUAUUGGUCUCACUUGAUCUCUCAGUCAUUUUACUGUUGACCACACUACCAUCUCGGACCAGCUCUGUGAGAUGGUGGCACCUGCUUACAAAGUUGGGUUCAGAGGAUAGCACUGGGGGGUUAUGCAUCUGCCCUCAGGCAGUUGGGUGCCACAGACAGAGUGCUAUUUUGUCUCCAGUGCUCUUCAAUGCCACUAGGAGAUUUGAUGCAUGUUAUCAUCAGUAUUCUGAUGACACUGAACGGUAUUUCUUACAUCUGAAGCUGGAGAUCUGUGAUUGUACUUAAUCAGCACCUGGGUGCAUUGUUGGGCUGCAGGAGGGCGAACAGACAAAGACAGAAUCCUGGUAAGACAAAGACUCUGUGGCUGAGCAGCUCCCAGCUCUGGUUAAUUUGGAUUGGUGUCACACAGUUACAUAGUUUGGGUGGGGGGCUGCUCCUAGAUGCAUCUGUGUCACUGGCAAGCCAGGUAACCUCUUUGACUUAGGUUGAUAUGCCAAGUAGACUCUUUCCUGAACAGGGAAAACUUAGCCACCAUGAUUCAUCCAUUGGUAAACUCAUGAUUAGACUACUGUAAUGUACUCUGUGUUGGGCUCCCCUUGAAAGUGGUGUGGAAGCUGGUGGUGGUGCAGAAUGCUAUUUCUAGGUUGUGGAGCGGAAGUGCAGCAGCUGCCACUGGGCCAUGUUAAAGGUUUUGUGACUUGCAUUUAAUGCCCUGAACAACUUGGAACCAGAUUAACUAACCUUGUAAGAUCACUUAGAUCAUCAGGAGAGAAAAUUAGUUGUGGCACCUGACACUACAGAAUGUCACAGCCUGGUGAUCUCUUCAUGGGUAUUUUCUGAUAUUGCCCUCACUAUGGAACACCAUAUGAAGCAUCAUCCACCAGUUGCUUCAGACAUCUUAUGUCUUUUUGUUCAGGUUUUUCAUGACCUGUAAGAUUGGACACCGUUGUUGCUUCUUCUCUCUUUAUUGUCUCUGUAUUUACCUACUUACUUACUUACUUAAUUAAAUGCAUAUCUCAUCCUUCCUUCCAAAGGCAUCCAUAAAGGUAUUUUGCUUGUGGGAUUUUUUUGGGGGGGGGUUGUUUUUGGAUUGUUUUCAUUUUGUAAAUGCUAAGAGAUUUUAAAUACUGUAUUAAGCAUUUUGGAAAUGCUUUUAAAUAAAUAUACAAACUCCUUGCAUAGAUGUACUUUUUGAGGUCUUUUCAUAUAAACUUAUAUCCCACUUUUCUUUAUAAAUACAUAAAGCUGUUGACUGUGAAUACAAGAAGAUGCAGAUUAUAAUAAUGAAACACAAUAAACAGAACAUAAUGACAACUGACAUCAAUCCACAAUAGAGAACCUCAUUUCCAGCAGUGAUAAAAUUAAUAGCAGUAUUUUGAAAACAGAGUUGGCCUGAGUCAGAGCAGCCCAAAGAAAUCUAACAACCUCGCCAAAAGCUUUCCCCCAAAAAAUAGGUGGUAAAAAGAACCAUUUGAUGUCAUUUAUUUGUGAUGAUAAUUUUUGCAGCAGUCAAUUAAUCUGUUAUUAAAAGGUAGCACAGGUUUUACGAAUAGUUACUCAGCUUUUACAGUUAUUCUCCAAAUAAUGAAGAAACAGGACAAACCCUCCUUAUAACUAGGAAGCUAGCUGACUGGUAACCAUUUUGGAUAUCCACAUUAUAUAUUCAACUUUCUAGGGGGAAGUGCCAAAUGCCUGCAAUAAAAUUUUUUUUAACGCUUUCCCUCUAAAUUCAAUACAAUGAUUGUUUUUAGUCCUUAAUUGAAGAGGCUCUCAUAUUUCCCAGCAAAGUGUAAAAGAAUUCUUUCUUUCAAAUCUUUCAUUGUAAUGGUAAUAUUUUUAGGAGCAGGACUUUUGAUCCUUAGUAGUCUUCAUUGUUUAGAUAUGGAUGAAGACAUUCACUAACCAUUUCUAAUUUAAAUAGCAAUGCUCCCCCCCCCCCCGCCAAUUGAUCUUCUCACUGAGAAUUACCUGACAGCCAAAGGUUUCCAGGAAGGAAUACAGUUUAGAUGCUGCUGUUUUGGUGGAAUACAUUAUUUCACUCACUGUAAGACACUGGCAUCUGGGCCAACUGGUAGGUUAUAAGAAGAGUGAGACUGGUACUUCAUCAUUUGUCUCUGGAGAAGCAAAUUGUCUUUUUUGUGGUGACCAUAGGUCACAUCCGCACCAUACAUUUAAAGCACAUGGCUUCUCCCAAGGAAUCUUGGGAGCUGUAGUUUGUUAAGGUCCUGGGAAUUGUAGCUCUAUGAGGGAGAAAACUACAGUUCCCAAGAUUCUUUGGGGAAAGCAGUGCGCUUUAAAUUUAUGGUGUGGAGGUGACCUAUAUUGCACUAGCAGUAGUAUUCUAUAUUCUGUACAUUCCCUUUGCUCCUGUGACCCCACAUUAAAAUCUGUGCUCAGAUGCUGCUAUGUUUAGAGGACUCUGUGUAUGUGGUUAAGGGGAAUUGAUAAUAAUUUGGUGGUUCAGAUGUUCUCUGUGUGCUUUUUAACACCACUAUUCUCUUCAUUUUGAAUGAUAGAUAACCUUGUCUCUUUCUGAUUGUCCAGUGAUCUAGGUUCUGUUGUAGCAGAUUGCAGUAAUAUUUUGGGUCCAUAUCAGGAGGUGCCAGGCAAUAUAGAAAAUGCGAUGGUCUCUAUAGUAUAAAGGGCUGUGCUCCAGUAUUAAGUGGAAAGGUAUGAUAACUUCAUAUCACAUAACUAGAUGUUAUGUGCUGUAACUCAUAGAUUUAUACAACUGGAAGGCUUGGAGUUUGUAGUGUGGAAAAUUCAUUUGUGUAAAUUAUGUGCAAAAUUAGACAUUCUAUAAAAAUGUGAGCUUUAUCCAAGUCUUGGUGUGAACAUCCUUGCUUGCUUAGACAUAACGGGAGGGUUUUUAAUCUGUCUUGCUUCUACAAAUUCAAAAGAGCACAGUCUGUUCUGUGAUCUUGUUGUGCUACAAUAUGCACAUGUCAAACCUUUUAGGAAUAGUUCCAUUUUUCUUUCAGUGACAUCACUUCAGUGUAAAAAUAUGAACUGCAGGUUUUUACGGAAACCAAGAAAAAAGAAAACACCAUAUCAGAGUCCCCCGAUACACAAAAUGUCAUAAAUCUUAGAAUUGUAGAGUUGGAAGGAAACCCGAGGAUCAUAUAGUCCGAUCCUAUGCCCAUGCAGUUAUAGACAGAAGCACAAGAAUUCAAUUUGUGAAAAUAUGUAUUUGUUACUUAUAACAACAUCAGUAAUGAUAAUAACAGUAUGAUUGGCAUCACUGACAUUAAUCCCAUGCUUCUGAAAUAUGUCUGGAGUGCAAAUGUAUACUGCUUUUAUGUUUUAUUUCAGAAUCGUAGAUACACAUUUUCUGUUUUGCCUUUGUUUUUAGUUUAACUCAUUUAAAAAAUAUUUCCCCUUGAAUAAAUACAAAUAACCCUAUACAUUUCUGACAAUUUAUUUACCUUCUUUGAGCCCAAGUAAUGCAAACUUGCACAGCAAAUUCCAUACAUGUGUUAUCUUUCUCCCUUUUGAACCUAAUUUUCUGUCACUCCAACAGUUUCUUUUUUAAACAGCUGUAUCAAAAACAGAGGCAAGAGAUUGUAUGCAGGGAGAAAGAGUAAUUUUUUUCUAAGUCCUUUGGCAUUAUGAACAUAGAUGUCUUUACUGUGAGAAGUAAUGAAAGACAAGAGAGUUCUAUAUUUACUUCUCUCUUCGGCAUUAAAAAAACCCCCUCCUAUCUGCCAUUCCUGCCUUCAUCACAGACCUCAUUCCUUUCUCUUCUCCAUUAGCGUUCUCUGUUCCCUUCACCCUAUAGUUUUGCCAGCAGCAUGGCCCAAAGAUCGUUUGGCCCAUAUUUUUGUCUGGCUCUAGCUAAACAGUAAUCUGACAUUAGAGUACUUUUCUCUGGGUUUUCCUUCUCCCCCCAGGGAACAAUACUUCAAGGGCAACCUGCUUGUCCAGCAUAUGAACAUGUGGAAAAAUCCACUGCUGUGCAGUAAUGAUUUUCAGAUGGCCCAUUGUUGCUGAAAAUCUUCUCGAGAGCAGCCGCUUCUCCUGCUGUAGCACCUCAGCACCUUGCCAAAGUGGGGCUCUGGAGAAAGCCCCAUAUUUUCGUUUUGCUCGGUGGUGAAAUGUGCUACGUUGCACAUACCUGACGGAGAAUCAUUUGAUUCCAGCAAAACGGAGUAAAUUUUCCGGCGAGGGGCUUGCGUUUAGCGGAGCGUAAUGUGUAUCUCUGCCCCACCUUCUCAUUCCAGCCUCGCUGCUAAAAUUCUGGAAAAAGUCUGGUUGUGCCAAAUAUCCACAACGGCAAUGGCAAAAGCAUCCGAAAUAUUGUUCCACAAAUGAAUGAUUUUCACAUAUUUUUGCUUUAAAGCAUUCAGAGAGAGGGAGGGCCGGAGAGAGAGAGGGUAUCCUUUCUGUGGAGAGAGCAGCAGAUUUCAAAAUCCAGCUACUUUCUUUUCACUGUUCUACUUUGUGAGAAAAGCGCGUUCCUUUAAAAAGAACUUUCACUGCUUAAUCUUUAAUUAAAGGCAACAUUUUCUUUUAAUUUUAAAAGGCUUGCCUUGGACUAAAAUAACAUGGAACAUUUUUAAAACUCGGAUCCAAGCUGCUGUAGAUACAUUUUCUUUAAACCACGGAGACUGCAGUGAGAUUCCUCGCUCUGCCAAACAGACUACAAAUUGUUACUGUGGGCAAUAGGGACUGACUUUCUGAAUGCCAGUCAACCGGACAAGAAAGCUUGUUUUUCUAGAGUUGUUCCUCCCCUUGGAUCCUGUUCUUGAAUGACUUAAACCCUGUAUAUAACAAAGUGUUGUCGUCUCCAUAAGAUAAUUAUGUAGAUAUUCUCUCCUCUGUGUUCCUUUCAUGUUUCCUUGUCUGAGGUACUGAAUAGCAAUCGAUAUGCAAAAUACGGAAGCAAAAUGGAGUUAAAUAAAAAGCAAGAGGAAGAAAAUAGAGGAAAGAGAUAAACAAUUCCGAGUAGACCCUAGACAGAUUUCACUUGCUUAAGCAAUCUUGAUUUAAGCUGAGAGGGAGUGAAAUAUGUAGUAGUAAUUCUUAAAUGUUUGCCCUAUUAAGUUUCCAGUGUUGCAUUUGUUCAGUGUGUGGGGUUUAUCCUCCCUCACUUUAUGUCUGAACCACAGUGGCCUCUCUAAGGUUAAGCAGAUAAUUUUUUUUCUGUUCUAAAUAUUUUAGUGGAGAUUUCAUCCUUGUUGUAAAAAGAAUUCCCCAGCUCAGUUGUCAUCUUAGAUUUUAUUUGGAAAUAUAAAGAAAAGUGGAAGUCUGAGUGUUUAUGGUCAAAGUCUGGCUGGGAGUAACGUCUUCUUCAUGGUAUUUUUAAAUUUUAUUUUAUUUUUGAAAUUUAAGGAUCAAGUGUGCAAAAGAAUUUUUUUACUAAUUACUUCCAAAAGCGAAUGGAGUUUUGUGCUAGACUGCAUAUUACUUCUGAUAAAAUGCUGAAGGAAUAUUUUACUCUGUCUAUUUCUGUCUAGCCCAUGUUGCUUGUGUGUUUGCUGUCCUGUUUCCAUCUAUUUCCACAUGAACCUACAAAAACUUUUAAAAAACCUGCACAAGAAAUGCAUUUAAAUAUGUAUUUUUAAACGUAUUUUCUUUCAUCAUCCACAUUUCUAAGCAUGCCCCCCUCCUCAAAACAUGAAUUUUUAAAUUUCGUCUUGGUACAGUUUUUGUGCUAAGAAGUAUGUCCAAACAUUUGGGAAAUAUAAUAUCUCUAAAUGACUUCAGAUCUACAGAUUAGUCUGAGAGGUAUGGAUCAGGGCAACACAUCUAUGAAUUCACAAAGAUCAAAUCCCUCAAGCACCCUUAAUUUUACAUUUCCUGUGCUUUUAAUUUCUUGUUUGUUAUUGUCAGUACAAAAAUUCCUGUGACACCCAUAGGCCAGAAAUUAAGAAUUCCUGCCACAAACCUAGUUUACAGUUUGGAUGCCCUGCAAUACCUUGUCUGGGGCUGUACAUGUUUAGGGGGUGUUGUUGUUAUAUUCCCAAACUGGGCAGCUGAAUUUGCAUAUUUUGCAAAACAUUUGCUGAUUGUGCAAAACUCUUGUUUUGCUUGAAUAAUUUUGUAUGUUAUUGAAAAAUCUGAAAAUGCAAUUUGUCUGCAAGUCAGUCCAGUUAGUUGCAUACGAUUGAACACCAGAUUUGGGCUGGAAGGACGUUGGAGCUAUACUGACCCUUUGCUGCAACUUGUGCAAGUAUGGGAGACGUUUAGCUGGAAAAACCAAAGCAGUCUUUGCUUAGAAUUUGGGGUGAUUUUAUAUCUGUGGGGGCUCUUCCUGUGCUCUCUUCAUUGAAAUGGGUGGGGCUUGUGCUAGACUCUGUAAAGGAGGCCCAGGGGAGAGACUGAGAGGGGAAAUUUUCAGCACUUACUUAUCUCUGUGAUGCUUAUAUAUUGAAAGUAUUGGUCUCCGUCUCUUGUAAAGUGAAAGAAUGAAUGACCACAACUGGAGGUCAGUAGCUCCAGGCAUGCUAAGCAGUUGGUGAGCAGCCUAUGGGUGUGGAUAUUCAGGGACAGGUGAGAAUGGUAAAGGUGUUGGCAGAGUGAGUGUUCAAUGAUGGUUUCUUGCAUAUGCAAAAAGGUUUGGACUGACCCUCCAUAUGAAACCUCAGCAUGCCACGUGCCUGUAGUUAUACUUAUUUUAAUUAGUUCCUAUAUUAUUUAAAUCUGUUUAAACAAGGACAGCGCUGGCUCCCGGCCUAUAGAGUGAGAUGAGCGCACAACCCUAGAGUCUGGCAAGACUGGCCCAUACGGGCAGGGGUACCUUUACCUUUACCUUUAAACAAGGUAGCCAAUCAAUAGGUGUAUUUAUAGUAUAUAAACCUCUUUCUCCAUUAAUUCCAUUUUAAAUUUAAGCCAUUCCUCAGGGACUGCUUUAGAGAACAGAAUGUUGAAAAUUGGUGUUUAUUUGUUUAAUAAAUUCCUAGCCUGUGUUGCCACUGUGAAAGUGAUAUCGAGUCAGCUUACAAACAGUACAGUAAAUACUAAUUUAGCUGCUAGCAGAGGGGUCCACCAGUGUUUCUUGAGUUACACUGGGAUACAAUCGACUUUAGGGGCCUCUCCUGAAUUAAACUGUUGGAUAAGUUCCACUACUUUGUUAGCUGAAACUGGUGCCCAGGUUGACAAUGGAGAAAGUUCUCUCAUUAGAAAGAUCCAUUGGGAUUAGACUUCUGAUUCUGGAGUCAUCUAGAGGACAUCCUUUGCUCUUCGUGGAAGUGACAAAGGUGUGGAACAUCUUCCAUUUGAUGAAAAGUCUUGAGGUGUUUGAUAGUUUUAGAAAAAGGCAAGGUGGGGAGGAUGGGAGAAGAAUGCAUGUUUUAAAAGUUGUGAAUAUUGUGGAGAAAUGAUCCUGAUACAGCAAAGUGCCUACAUUCUUAAGCAAGAGUGCAUACGCUCAAGAUCACUUAACACCAAUGGAUUAACAGUUACAAGAUCCAAUAUUCGCCCUUGGUUUAGAAAUUUAAAACACAUUUGGGGACCAUAGGGAUCUUAGUAUUACACACAGAGAAAGAGAAAUAGAGAGCACACAAGAUUGACAUCAACCCACCCUUUCCUUAAAUGUGCAAAUUGUGAUUUGUGAGACUCUUCAGGUUCAUUGUGCUUGGUGACUCCAGUAGCAGUCAGACUGCCGCCAUGCUGACCCUGCACCGCCAUUUCCAGCUUCUUGUGUGUAUUGAUUGCCAAUCCUGAGGUCUCCAGGGCUAUUAGGCAAAACUUGCUUUACCUUCCUAGAAGUAUAUGCCAUUUGUGAACCAAUGUAUACAAAUUAACACUGGCCGGCUUCCAAUUAUGAGGCAGCUGGCAACUGCCUGUGCCAGUGUGCUUCAAAACAACAUUUGCCUAGUGUGAGGAGAAACCUUAGUUUAGAUUAUAUCAUCCAAUAGUGCAAGAAAUAUGUGCUAUUUUUUUCUCACUGUAUAAAUAUCUGCCAGCAGAGUAAAUAAGUUUCUGCUUAAAAUACAUAGAUUUUGUAAUUAGAGCACAGCAAGGUGCAUUUGCUUGGGUUUUGAUCAUUAACAUAGGCUUCAGUCUGGGCUCCAUUCUCGGGAGAUAGCUGAGUAAUUUAUAGUUACAUGAGGGUUGUUAUGAUACAGAGAGUUUCCUUCUGAAAGGAGUGAAAGCCAUCACUCUUGUGAUAUUCUGUUCUGUUUGCUUUGCAGUUUUUUGGGCGGGAGCCCAUGAAAGCCAGUGGGAGACACACUAUUGAUAUUUGCUAGGCUGAAGCCCAAAUCCUCCAGCCACCAUCUUUCACCAAUGUACUACGAUGCCCCUAAACAAAGAAUUAUUCUUCGUGAGUCUCGCACGUAGUGUAAACCCCAUGGAGGUCAGGGAGGCCAAUCUCUUUGUUCAGUAAAAAUAUUUAUGCUCAGAUCCCAAAAACGUUAUGAAUCAUUUUUGGUGUUUUAAGGUCAGGAUGUGGAGUAAAUUAUUCCAAAAGUUAUAGUAGCCAAAUAUUAUUCCCUCCAAAGGUUUGUGUAAUAUCUGUUUAUCUGUGGUCAGAUGACUGCCAUGUAUAAUUAGAGGCAGACUUUGUUAAGUUACAGCUACGUCAACACAGCUGAAUAUAAGUUGAAGUUGUUGGUGUACUUCUUUUUUUAUUAGCUACCAGAGGACCAAAAGUUUUCAAGAAGCUUCAUUUAAAUGGAUCCAGACCAACAGACUAACAAGCCCCAGGGCUUCUAGGUCCUCUGUGGAGGCCCAAGCAAUUAGCAAUGGGUGACUCUUCCAAGCUCACCUCAGAUUAACUUGGAAAUGAUGUGAGAUCUUUCCUCAAAAUGUUGAAGAUCUCAGAUCAUUUCCCCAAGCCAAGGCACACAAAAAUGGCCCAGCUCUCAGAUUCCUAUAUACCCCCAUUCAGUAUAAUGGAGCAAUGUUGAACUAUUAGGGGGAACAUAAAAAAACCUCAAGGGCAAAAGCUGCAGAGGGCAGGAAGCUCCCAGCCACCCCACUGCUCCUCUGCAGACUGAGGAGAACUUCACUGGCAUCUCUACAAGCAAUUACAAAAAGAGCCAUAAGCUCUUUAUUGAUCAUAGUUCUGCCCCCCCCACCUGCUUGUAUUCUAAUCAAUAGUGUGUUCUUGCACUGUGGCUCCCCACUUAAAAUCUUAUCGCAAGCGACACAGUUUUGUUUAGCGCAGCAAUUCAUAGGAUUGGGUGCUACUCAUAGGUCUAACACCAGAAUUUGUGCACUUUUCAAGAAUCCAAGGACUUGGAUGAAGGACACCUCACCAGACCAACCCAGAGGGCAGUGCUGGUUUUGAAUGAGAGCCAAGCUUAGCUCUCAUUGCCAGCCACCAUUUUAAAUUUCCCAAGAUGCAAUCCCUUGGUUUGUGGAUCUAUGAAAUGUAUUUGUUUUCUUGAUCUAUAAUUUGAGUAAAACAUGCAUGACUUGGCCAUACCUUGGUUGGGGUGGUGGGGGUCACUGAGUCCAGCACACACACACACACACACACAGAGAGAGAGAGAGAGAGAGAGUGUCUGACACCAGUCCUGACUGCUCAGCUGCUUUUUACAUGUAUUUGAUUAGAUGUGAUAAUUCACCUAAAUUCUAACCAUAUUUCAGGCAGAUUAGGAAGACAGAACUUGCAUGUUUAUAUUAGCCAACAAGUACUAAUGGAAAACUUUUGAAGCUCCUGUAUUUUCAGUAGAAGCAACCUGUUUUUGCAACAAUGUUCUUCCUCAGCAAUUCAUUGCCCGGCUUUUGGAGUGGUAUUAUUCAGUACUGCUAAAUAUACAAGUGCAGUGAAAGUUUCAAUUUUGAAAAACAAAACAGCUGCUUCUUUUCACUCUCGAAAAUAUUUUCUUCAAAGGACAUCAAAAUAUGUAACCCACAAAAACUCGAUUAGGUGUGUACAUAGAUUUUGUGUGUAUCUCAGUUGUGUUUCCUGUCCUUUCAUGUUUACUGCUAUUUUGCUCUUCCCCAUCAGUACCUUAUUUCAAACUCACAGAAUAUAACCCCAUUUAACAGAGUAGGCUUUAAAGAUUUAUAGACUGCUGCCAGCAUUGUUAAAGACUUAUUUAGUAGCCAACUACUUUCUGCAAAAUCUGUACACGUGUCGGAAAGGCUAACAUCCAUUUUCAAAUCCUCAUUUUUGAUGAGUUCAGUGCAAAAAUUUGCCCAGUCUUCUUAAAUGGUUCAGGACUACAAUACCUCAAGGGCCACCUCUCUCUGUAGAGUGAGAUCAUUUUCUGAGUACCUUCUUUGUGUGCCUCCUCCACAGGAGGUCCAGAGGGUGGCAACACAAGAACAAGGACUUUUCUGCAGUGGCGCCUUGUUUGCUGGCCUUCAUUAUAAACCUUUAGGCACCAGACAAAACAUUCCUCUUCAACCAGGUCUUUGGCUGAUUGACAUCUGAUGCCCUUUUAAAUGUGUUAUUGGAGGGGGGGACGUUAUUGGUUUGUUGUUUUUCUUAUUUUUACUAUGUAUUUUGUGGGUUUCAUAUUUUAAUUUUAUGUUGUGAACUGCCCUGAGAUCUAUGGAUGAAGGGCGGUAUACAAAUUAAAUAGAUGAUGAUGAUAAUGAUAAUAAUAAUAAUAAUAAUAGGCAUUACAUCCACCACCACAUUCACAUGUUUUGCCAAAGGAGAAAAGCCUUUGUUAUAUGCUUUGACUGACUUACCAUUGUCUCAAGUCCUCGCAUCAAUGAACAGUGUUUUGUCCUUUUCAGCCAGAAACAGAUUUAAAGACAGCACAACUUCCUAUUCAUUUACAAUGUAUGGGGGAAUGGGAAAUAAGCAACAUGUAUAUUCUCUCAGACAUUUGAGAGGUCUAAUUAGUCAGUGUCAGAGAAGCAAAUCAUUCAAGAAAUUUACAACCAGUGCACUAGAACUCUGACACAUGGCUGCAAAGGGGACUGUCUAGACAGCGCAAUUUGGCAUGAAUAAAAAUGGUGUAAGGAAGAUGAUUGGGAGCAACCAGGCCCCUUAAGCGACAUUUUGGCCCCAUGGAAGAAAAUAUGUCAUGGGGUCUCUCUUUCCCCUCCUGCUCAUCACUGACCUUGACUCCACUCCAGAAGGACCUCAUCUGCAAUGAUCAUUAUGGUUUGAGUUUUUUUUAUUUAAUGCAGCUCUCUUUAACUACACACAGCCCCAGACCCAGCAAUUUUGCAUCUGGGAUGCAAUCCAGCAGAGUUGAGCAUGCAUGAGCUGAUUCAUUUCAGUGGGCCUAAUUACCAGUAGAAUUAUGGCAUUAAUCUUUAAAUGGAGCAAGCGAUCAGUUUUGAAUAAUCUGUUCCUUUUUAUUGGAGUACAUUGGAAGAGACAAUCAGGGAAUUAGAGCAAUUCCCCUUACUUUGCAGCUCUUUUAUGUGUGAAGAAGUCUUAAAAUCACCUGGUUGUGUGUGUUAUAGAGAAUACCUGCUUCCACAGCUAAUAUAACUAAAUCAUAUUUUACUGCUACAAUGUCAGCAUUAAGGAUGAAAUAUGGCUUUGAAAUCUAUCCUUUCCCCCUGCGAUUUAAAGCAAAAAGCAACAGGUGUGUAUAUAGUAGUGCCUAUCCUGGCUGUAUUUUAGAAUUUUAACUUCUUAACUCUUCUUAGUUCCCUUUUACACUUUAAAGGUUUUCUGCUCCAGUUUUCUAAAACAAUACAGGAGGAGAGAAUGAGACUCUUGGCUCGACCACCAGGAGCUGGAGUUAAGAAAUUGGCUGCUGCAUUUCUUGAAUUUCUUUGUUUUCGGGAUGUUUUUAUUGAUUUUACCAUAAGCGGACUGAAGAAUAGACAGGAUAUAUGAAUGUACAACCGAUCAGUGAAAAAAGAGUUUUUGACACCUUGUGUGCAAUCAUGGUAUGUAUUCUCAUGCGGAGCAAGUUGCAAAGUGGGUUGCCCCUAGCAUAAUAAAAAUAAAGAAGAAUCCCAUUGAAGGGAUUGGAAUAUAUGAUCCAUAUCAAGGAUGGGAAACCUGUGGUCCUGCAGAUGUUGCUGGACAGCUUCUCCCAUCACCCCUGACCAUUGGCCAGGCCAUCAGGGGCUAGUGGCAGCCAGAGUCCAACCGUGUCUGGAAUGCCACAGGUUAGCCAUCCCUGUUCUGUGUGAUGCACGUGAUCAAGAGGGCUUAAAGCUUCCUGCCACCUUUGUGCCAGGUGUGCUGCCAUCACACUUGUGUGCUUCCAUCAUGACCAGGCACUACGCAAAUCCCUAGAAAAGUUUUAAGUGCUUGGCUGAGAUGGAGUGAAUGCACCGGCUUGGCUUCUAAUGGAGAUCCACUCUGCAACUUGCUCACACUCUUAAAACAAGGUCUGCACCAGUAAUAAUAAUAAUAAUAAUAAUAAUAAUAAUAAUAAUAAUUGUACCCCACUCUGGGUCACUUCCAGCAUAUAAAAAAAUAAUAACAAAACAUUCAAAGCUUCCCUAUACUGUACAGGGUUACCUUCAGAUAUCUUCUAAAAGUCAGAUACAGCGGACGCUCGGGUUGUGAACGUGAUCCGUGUGGGAGGCAUGUUCGCAAUCCACAGUGCCAUGUCUGCGCAUGCACGGGUUGUGAUUCGGCACUUCUGCACAUGUGCAAAGCGCGAUUUAGCACUUCUGCGCAUGCCUGAGCACUGAAACCCAGAAGUAACCCGUUCCGGUACUUCCAGGUUCGACACAGUGCGCAACCCAAAAACACGCAACCUGAAGCGCCUGUAACCCAAGGUUUGACUGUAGCUGUUUGUUUCCUUGACAUCUGAUGGGAGGGUGUUCCACAAAGUGGGCACCACUACCGAGAAGGCCCUCUUCCUGGUUCCCUGCAACCUCACUUCUUGCAAUGAGAUAACUGCCAGAAGGCCUUCGGAGUUGGACCUCAGUGUCUGGGCUGAACUAUGGGGGUGGAGAUGCUCCUUCAGGUACGCUAUUUGUCCCAGCUUCACCUAGAUGGGAGGCAGCAAUGCUGCUGAAUGCCAGUUGCUGGAAAUGAAGUGUGUUUGUGUGUGUGUGUGUGUGUGUGUGUGUGCGCGCGCGCUUUUGUGCUGGAAUCCUGCUUGAGCGUUUCCCACCGGCAUCUGGCUGCCCACUGAGAACAGGACGCUGGACUAGACGAGCCAUUAGCCUGAAGCAGCCGGCUCAUCUUAUGCUCUUAUGUUCUCACAAUUCUUCUUGUGGGUUUGUCAGUGGCCUACAAGUCAUAGAUAAUAAAUCCUGAUGUACUUUUCCCAGGCCUACAAACUGGCCCAUAAUGUCAGAUGUUGCAUCAGAACCAGUCCUCACUUACUUGGUUUCAUUUGCUCUCUAAUUGUAGCAAGACCCAAGAAAACGUCUAUUUUGAUAUGUUCCUAUCAGUAAUGGACUUAAAAGCACUAAAUAACUUGGUUCCAUCUAGUAGUGAAGCCCCUAUUUAUAAGUAUCUGGCUUGUAUAUUAGCUUCUUUAGCAUAUAACCUUUGACCACAUUGUGAGUAAGUGCAGUAUCCCCAUUAAAAUUUGUCCAGGCUGGAAAAUAAUCUGAGCAUGUACUUCCUGGUACCUUGAAUAUUGUAAUGGUGACAGGGACUGAGGGAAAUGUAAUUUUUUUCUGAAGUGCCCGAGUUCUUAGCAAGCACGUCAGGCACUCUCUUAAUACCUGGGGUUCUGCUGAGUGCCUGGCACCUACACUAAGGACUCAGAUGUCCUGGGAAAUGACAUAUGAAUGAUUCACAGUGUCAAGGAGUGAGGAAGACUCCACUUUAUUACCAGGUAAGUGGGGAGGCAGAGCAAGUUGCAGGGGCCCUAUGCUGGAGGAGGCUUCAGGGAUCCAUUGUGGCCCCAACGAUGUCUGCAGGAACACGCCAGUGUCUGAAGUUUAGAAUCAGGCUGGAGGGGGGGGUUCUGACAUUUCCUUAUAGCUCAGUUGGUUAGAGCAUGGUGCUGAUAACACCGAGGUCACAGGUUUGAUUCCCGCAAGGGACAGCUGCAUUUUCCUUUAUUGCAGGGGAUUGAACUAGAAGGUCCUCAAGAUCCCUUCCAACUCUGCAAUUCUAUAAUACUUUGAGAAUUAAAAGGUAAAGGGACCCCUGACCAUCAGGUCCAGUCGUGGCUGACUCUGGGGUUGCGGUGCUCAUCUCGCUUUAUUGGCCGAGGGAGCCGGCAUACAGCUUCUGGGUCAUGUUGCCAGCAUGACUAAGCCGCUUCUGGCGAACCAGAGCAGCGCACGGAAAUGCCGUUUACCUUCCCACUGGAGCGGUACCUAUUUACCUACUUGCACUUUGACGUGCUUUCGAACUGCUAGGUUGGCAGGAGCAGGGACCGAGCAACGGGAGCUCACCCCGUCACAGGGAUUCAAACCUCCGACCUUCUGAUCGGCAAGUCCUAGGCUCUGUCAUUUAACCCACAGUGCUACCUGCGUCCCUACUUUGAGAAAUGGCCAAGUCCAAUUUCAAAUCGGGCAAGGUGAGUGGCCAUCACUACCUCCAUCAUACCUGAACAUCAGACUGUGCCAUUACAAUCCCAAAUCAGGAUAGCUAAUGUCUUUCAUUAUCAUUCAGUAUCAAUUUAGGAUCAAAAGGGAACCUGGGAUGCCUUCUCCAUGGCAUGCCCUCCCCCUGUUAGUUGCCAGGUUCCAAGUCCAAUAGAUACAAGAUAAUAUCACCAAGGCAACUAUCUGUAAACAAACAAUAAACACCCGUAAAAAUGUCAAAAGUAGUUUCUUUCCAAAAUAGGUUUUAUCUUAUUGUUGUUGCUUAGUUGUUUAGUCGUGUCCGACUCUUCGUGACCCCAUGGACCAGAGCAUGCCAGGCACUCCUGUCUUCCACUGCCUCCCGCAGUUUGGUCAAACUCAUGUUGGUAGCUUCAAGAACACUGUCCAACCAUCUCAUCCUCUGCCGUCCCCUUCUCUUUGUGCCCUAGGUUAUAUCUUAAAUAACUGCAAAUGCAGUAAAUAAUGAACUGAAGGACAUUGUCCUCUUUCUAUGUUCCUCCCAAUGGAAACAUGCUGAUGGGGACAGAUACACCCCUGCUUUAAGUCGUUUAUAUAUGUAUAUGAUUUACUACAAAGCUUGAUAACUAAGCCCUUUGGGGAUGAAACGCCUAAUUAGCGGAGUGACGUCUGAGCACGGAACAAAUGAUACGUCACAAGUGGACUCUUUAUUUACUGCAUUUGCAAUUAUUUAAGAUAAAAUCUAUUUUGGAAACAAACUAUCUGUUUGUUUGCAAAUAGUUGCCUUGGUGAUAUUAUCUUGUGCCUAUUGCAGUAGCCAUUGUAUCGCCACCCUGUUUAUUGUUUUAUUGUAGAUUCCAAGUCCAAGCAUUCCCCCAAAACAGGGUGGCCUAAAACUUGAAUAUAACAAAAGAACGUUAUUCAUUCAGAUGUUAUUAAUCUUAAACCGUAUUUUAGUUUUGGUAAAAUUCCAUGUGGACUUUGGUUUUGGAAUCCAUAUGAGCAUUUGUGACAUUUCUUCUGAAACAACAUGAUUUUAUGAACUCUAGUUCACCCAGCUUUGCCCUUUGCUGUUAACACUGUGAAACUUUAUGAUGCAUGCAAACCUCAUUUGUGCCUCUAAACUGUGGUUUGGGAGAACUGCGCAUAACCUAGAAAACUACACUAAAUCAUAGCUGUGUGUGCUGUUGAGCCUUGCCUUGCUAUUUUCUUCCUCCCACUCUUUCCUGCUUCAGGUUAUCUGGAAAAUCUGGGUCAACACAGUCAUCUCCAAAAGUAACAAAAACCAGUUCACACGAGAUUUGAAGAGAAAUAGUUGAACGUGCCUAUGCCAGAUUUGAUAUGAAAAUCAGAAUUGCUCAGUACACUGCCAAACAUACACUCUGUACUUUACUUUGUCUUUACUUCUGAGCUAAUGUUCUCAUUCCAGUUUUUAGAAGAAACGAAUGCAGGGUUGUGGAAGGCACUGCUGUUCCAAAUUUGCCCUGCCACCUUCCCAUCCUUGGUGGUGUGGAGCCCUUGGUCCAACACAGCCCCGUUGGUAGUGUUUGCAAGGACAAGGUCCACAUUUUGGCUCUUCUUCAGCCUUUGGCCUAAUUGUAGUCAUUCCAGCAAAGGAGGGCUAGGUUGGGGUGCAAUUACUUGUUGAAUGUUUUGAAUAAAGUAUAGCAGAGCGAACAAUGAACCUGCACAGUCGCAUGGCAGUAAUUCUCCAAGGUUCAACUUGGGGGAGGCUGAGGAAGACUGGAGUAUCUGAGAGCUAGGAGAAGCCAGGUGACAUGCCCUAAGACAAGGGGUGGUUAACCUGCGGUCCCCUCCAGCUGCGGUUGGGCUCCCAAAUCCAACCAGCCCCAGCCAGCAUAGCCAGUGAUCUGGCAUAAUGAGAGUUGUAGUCCAGCACCACCUGGAAGGCCACCAGUUAGCCACCCCUGCAUGUGAGCUGCUCUAGCCUGGUGUUGCUGAUUUGGGGAAGAUACCAAAGGGCUUGGGGGAACACCUGCCAGAGGAAACAGGCUGAGAAGUCUGUCCUUUGAGUCUGGAGAGGAGCAGUUCUUGGACCAGGGAACUGAAAGGUGUGGCUCCUCUCUGAAGUGUGUGUGUGUGUGUGUGUGUGUGUGUGUGUGUUUGAGAGGGGGAGAGAGUGUCAUUAAACCACAGAGCCUAGAACUUGCCGAUCAGAAGGUCGGCGGUUUGAAUCCCCAUGAUGCGGUGAGCUCCCAUUGCUCGGUCCCUGCUCCUGCCAACCUAGCAGUUUGAAAGCACAUCAAAGUGCAAGUAGAUAAAUAGGUACUGCUCCGGCGGGAAGGUAAGCGGUGUUUCCGUGUGCUGCUCUGUUUCACCAGAAGAGGUUUAGUCAUGCUGGCCACAUGACCCGGAAGCUGUACGCCGGCUCCCUUGGCCAAUAAAGCGAGAUGAGUGCCACAACCCCAGAGUCGACCACGACUGGACCUAAUGGUCAGGGGUCCCUUUGCCUUUACCUUUAAAGUGUGUGUCUAUUGUGGUUUUAACUUUCUGCAUGUUUUAAAUUAUGCUUGUGGGUUUUUUAGUGAGGGUUUUAUUGUUUUAUCUUUUUGUAAACUGUUUCCUACAACCAAGUAGUAUAUAAUUUUUUAAAAAAUAAAUAACUAUAGUAUUUUUACCAUGUCCCAAAUACUGGAGCAAGAGGUGUUAUGUCCCCUGUAUCCCAAUCCCAGUGUUGUCUUAACGAGGUUUCUGAUUCAGAGGACUCACACUUGGGGAUGGGCAGCUCUCAGCACCCUCUUCUAUACUGUCUUGCAGUCCCAUGUAGAGCUUGUAUGAGGCCCAGGGCAGGAGUUUUAUUAGAAUAAAGUUAUAAACUCCCACCAAAAAAAGCAGCCAAUCCGACUACAUGGAAUUGGCAGAAAUGACUGGCAGAAUCCGAGACCAGGGAGAAGAGUCGGUGAAAGAAGACUGGAAGAAAUUUAAAGACUAUUUACAGAAAUAUUGUAAAAUUAAUGAAUCUUAGAAGGAUGUUGGAUAGAAACUAAGUGGUUUCCAGCUGUAAUGCUUUAAGAGAUACGAAAAAAGGUUCACAAAUGGGUAAAAGCUUAAUGGUAAGGAUUUGCUGAACUAACAAACUGAACUGGAAUACAAAAAAGGGAGGUACGAGGAGGUCCGGGGAAAUAAGUGUAUGGAAGAUAUGCUAUGGAAAAUUAAUGUGUUUUUAACUGUUUUUCUUUUUAUUUUUCAUUUCUUUGUUAUAUCUUAAUAAGGGUUUUGUUAUUCUUUUUUCUGUAUCUUGUAUUUUCUUGUAUUUUUAUUUUUUGUUUUUGUGUAAUUCUUGUAUUUUUUGAAAUUUUAAUAAAUAUCAUUUAAAAAAAACAAAACAAAAAAAGCAGCCAAUCCCUGGUGGGCCCCCCAACCCCCUGCCAGUUUAGACCCCCAAGGCCUGGGGCAACUGUACCCAGCUACCCCCACCCAUCACAGGCCUGAUGUCCUGUCUUGGGGGCAUGGCUCUCCCAUGAUCCUCAGAGUGUAAAGAUAACUCCCCUAUAGCUUCUCCUGCUCCACAGCCAUGCAGGAGCAUGGGGGUGCAAAACUGGCUGUGGGCCCUUUGAGAAUUGUGGACAGUUCUCCAAGGGGCAUAGAGCUGUUUGAAGAGCCUUCAUAAGCCUUUGGAUUCCUUUGAGCCUCUGAGAGAACAUCUUCCAUAGGGCAUCUAGGAGAGCCUGGAGCUGCCCAAGGUCCUGAACUGCCAGGCCUGUAGCAGAAGGAGCUCUGGGCACUGCAUCCUGUUCACCUGUGAGCCCCUGCAGAGCAGGGCAGUAGGGUUAGAUUCCAUAUAUUAUACAUAGCAUUAGGUGGAGCAUUACAACUGUAAGGACAGAAUGGCAGACAGCAGGAAACACUGAAGGGAGUAGCAAUGGAAAGCUCUGCCUGAAAACUUUGACCCUGGUGCAGCUAAAAUUAGCCACAACCAGUAGAAAUGAAACAAGUUCAAACAAGUACUAUUGUUUUUAAAGGUACAUAGUCAUGGCUAACUAACUCAACUGGAGCCUUUUGCUUUUCUGAUGUCAUUACCGACAGAAACAUCAAAAUAGACAUAUACUUGAGUCUUGCAACAACCAUCUUCAUAUUUUUAGAGUGUCCCCCAUUUCAAAAGAGUUAAUGUUGUUAUUUCAAUUAAGCAAAUCCUUAUUGCGCUAAAACCUGUUCCUGUUGCAGAUGUGGAGGUGGAUGAGCUAAAACGGUAAAAGAACAGAAAUGGGAGCCAUUUUACUGAGGAGAAUAACUUCCUCCAACAGCAAACUUUGAGUGUUUUCAAUAACCCAAUAAAAAUAUCAAAAUUUUCAAGCAAAAGCAAUACAUUAAGUUAAUAAAACAAAUUUCCAACAAUAAAAAUCAUAGCCAUAAAAUGCAGUGACAGCAGUCAAGACAGAACAAUGUAUCACAAAGUAGAAAGCCAGAAAAGGAAAACUGCCCUGAGCUGGUCAACAAGGUUCGCACAAUGUACAUGUCUCAGAGUGGGGAAGUCCACAAAUGUGGGGCACUGCCACAGAAAAGCACCACCCUCUGAUGCCCCCAGAUAUUUUGAGCCACAACUCUCUUCCGCCCCACCCCAACCAGCCUCAAGGACACCAAGCUGGCAAAGUCUGGUCUGAAGAGUAGGGCCUUAGUGCAUGAAUUGUGCAGUUGCAUACGGGAGCAGGAUGCCAAGCUGAAUAGAAUACAUCACUUUGAUAUGUGCCUGCAAAAAAAUUGAGAUUGUGUGUGUGUGUGUGUGUGUGUGUGUGUAUGCAUCUGAAUAAUAUUUUAUUUGAUGUUCUUUUCAAAAAGGAAUCACAAAUACAGAAAUAUUAUUUAGCAGCAUAGUGUGUAAGAUUACAUAUUCUUUAAUAAGUUUAUAUUUUGCAAAAAGAAGAGCUGGAACAGAGGCAACCCAGCAAGCGAUAUCCUGCUUUGUUAAAAGGAUGGUCCUUUUCAGAGAGAAAAAACAAGCCAAGGCACAUCUGGCAAGCCUAACGUACACCAAGAAAUGUAUAAUUUUGUGGAUGAGUGACUUAUUUAACACUUGCAUUAUUUAACUCAGCUGUGGUAUAAUUCAAGACAGGAUUAUUCCAUUGUUUAAAUUUUUGCAAAAUUCCACUGUUUCUUUGUACACCAUUAGUGUUCUUUGGAGUAGUGUGCAAUGCAUAAAACUCUCAAAAUAAGCACUGUGCUGUGUUCCCAGGAGGCGACGUGAGUGAUAAGUCUUGGAUUUUGGUAUUUACUGAAGGAAAUAUAUUGGAAAGUUAUCCCCCAAAAAAGAACUUGCUUGCUUUCCCCUUCCCUUUCUGCUGUGCUUUGUACACAUAAGAGCCUCUUUGUGUACAGAGUCCCUUCCCAAUUCUCUUUUGCAGCUCUCUUUGGGAGGUUCUUACACACAAUAUCUCAGAAUAGGAGUAUGUUUUAAAUGGGAACUGAUACAUGAAGUGUUGCAGAUUUUUAGCUGGGUGCCAUAUAAAUGAGGAUGCUAACAAAAUUUGGAAUAUCCUAGAUUUCAGUGGCAGAUUCUGGAAUCCCUCUCAGGAUAUUUGGACAGGCUCCAAGGCUUACUGGACUCUGAGGAGAUACAGAAAAAUAUUAUUCCCUCCAUCAGGGACUUGCCGACAAUAACCGAAGCAGGUUAUUGCCAUGAUCAACCCUUGCCAAGGUUCAGUGUCUCAGCCCUGGCCUAAUAAAGCUCUGCUUUCAUCUGCAAAUCAUCUGGAUUUGCAGACACCUUGGAAAACAACACAGAAGCUUUAAUUUUCCAAACUAGAUAGGAAUAGGAAAGGACUAUCUUUAAAAAUUGGGGAAGGGGGUACAAAAGAGGACACAGAUUAGCAUGGAAUUUCCAUGUGCUGGUUUGUACAAAAAGAUGCAAAUUUAGGAACAGCUGCUAUAAUGUAAAUAGAAAUACAUUUCUCCAUUGUGUGUAUACAUCUCCAGCAUGCAGGUUGCUAGCUGACUUGUGUGCCUAUUCAGGGCUUGUCCGAACUAGAGCAAAAUGUGGAUCGUCACUUGCCUGUCUCCCCGUUAAUUUAAGGGUGUCCACAUGGCAACCUUCCUACUCUAGUAUUGUCCUAGAGCUUUGCCCCUUUUCAAUCAUUGUAAAGUCCAAAGUGGCCAGGAUUGCGGGGAGGGGGCGGGGGACGGACCACAUUUAAUGAGGUAAAGGUCUGGGACGACACUGGGAUGAGGUCCACAUUUUGCUCUGGUGUGGAUAAGCCCUCUAUUUGCUGUCCAGACGCUAACUGCAGGGGGCUGCCAUGUGUGAAGUAAGAUAAAUGGCCCCCUUAGUUGGCACCAGAGAUGGUUUGCCUAUCUUUAUAAAGCACCUUUUCCCAAUUUGUUAUAGCUGGCUGUAAUAGUAGUAUUGUAACCUUAGUGUGCAUCUGCGGCACUCAGAGUGAAUUUUAGCAUAAUAAAUAUAUGGUACUGAAAAACAGCAUGUUGCAACACAGAGCUAGUAUUGACCAAUGACUAAUUUCUGGGCACUGAAUGCUACAGAGUUAGUAUUGUCACAUGCUGAAAACAUCUAUUAAUAGGGUGAAGAACUCGGAAUGGUAGGAGAUUUAUAAUCCUCUUGGAAGCAAUAGGCAGGAGGCAAAUGAUGGAAACAGGAUGAGGCCUUCCUAACCAACCAGAAAAAUAGCACUCCCCUGGUGUUAAUGAAAUGAUGAAGUCUUGGAGACAAGCAGGAGGGGGAAACAGCCAGCAACCAGUUACUGCAUAAGAGUGUCUUUCAUCCUCAAGGACUCUAGGAAGUGAUCACUUCCUCCAUCAAUGAUGAAUGGUGCCACCUUUGAAAAUGACCUUUCUGUCUUCCGAAGAGACUGCACUCUGAAACAUGUUGGGUAGUCAGAACUACAGUGCAAUGAAGUCAAUGAGACAUGAAGGUGACCAAUUCUUAGAAGCAUCAGUUCAUCAACUUUGUUCAUACUUUUGGUCUACAGCAGGCAUAGGCAAACUCAGCCCUCCAGAUGUUUUGGGACCACAACUCCCAUCAUCCCUAGCUAACAGGACCAGUGGUCAGGGAUAAUGGGAGUUGUAGUCCAAAAACAUCUGGAGGGCCGAGUUUGCCUGGGCCUGGUCUACAGAGUGGACGGUGUCCACUGUCCUCACUGUUAGAUUUCAUAGCUUUUUUGUAAUGCCUAAUAAAGGUUUGGCGAAGUCAUAGCUUUCAUGGUGCAUACUGAAUAAUGAUUAAGAGUUUUGCAACCACAAAUGCACCCUCCAGUGGCCUUACAAAACAUUUCCUGUGUUGCAAUAUUUAGUCUGGUCUUGCUUUUUCAACUCACUUUUAUUUUAUAGUUCUUUCCCCCAUUGAAAUGAAAUAGCAUGCAGCUCUUAUGAAUUAAAAACUGCACGUAUCUUGCUUUAAAAACAGAUUAACAGCCCAUUCACACAGCAGAUGCUAAACACAUCUAGAUGACCACCUUCAUUGCUGAGGUUAUAAGACACAAAGAGAAACGCAACCCUUGAAUAAGGCUGGUACCAAUUAAGAAGAUAAGUUCGCAAAGUGUACAAACCCAUUUGACCUCAGGCCAGAUCUAGAUAAUGACUCUAGGUGCAGUGUGACUUACCUGGAUCAAGGCAAAUGUGUUUCAGCGAGAAUCUUCUAAUGACAGUGAAUCCCAGUGGUGGUGUUUUUUCUUCCUUCUUCUGGAGGUCCCUUCAAGAUUGCAUUGUUGUUCCUAUUCAGCAUAAGAACGUUAAUUCUCAACAGGGAUGUAGUGGGGGGGGGAUAUUCAUUUGCUCUAGACUGAAUAUGAAUGUUCUCCAUUAAACCAUGCAUUUUCAGUGUUGUGCAAAUCAGAGAUCUGACCUUGGGAGCAAAAAUGUGUCUGAAACUAGGGCUGCCAUCCAUAUGCUAUCCAGUGCUGCUUUAAAAAUGAAUGAAUGAAAAUUGUGGAUUAACCAGAUUAUUAUCUCCUUUCAGAAACUCUGGAAAAUGGACCUAGCAAGUGUGAAAGGUGAGUAAAAGUUACCUUUGCCAGUUGCCUAUUUCAGAAGUCUAUGUAAGGUGCAAGGAGUGGGGAUGGGCAAACAUUGCCCUGUUCACCUCAGGUAUUAUUAUUAUUUAUUAUUAUUAUUUAUUAUUAUUUAUUAUUAUUUAUUAUUAUUUAUUAUUAUUUAUUAUUAUUUAUUAUUAUUUAUACCCCGCCCAUCUGGCUGAGUUUCCCCAGCCACACCCCAGGUAUUUGGCAAGCAAGCCUGGAGGGGCUUUGCAAAACCCACAUCUUAUGUGCAUUUGACUUACACGGUUUCAACCAUACCUGGCUGAAGGUGGGUUGGUGCGGGGAAGGACUGGAGGUUCCAGGCAAGGCCUGCUUGGCACACCUGGAAGUAGGGUGACUUUGGCCAGUGGCGCACCAUGGCUCUGGGACUGGUGGGGAUUUGCCGUGAGAUCAUGCAAGAGCCAAAGGCAGCUCACUCACAGGGCACACCACCAGCAGGCCUUGCCCAAAGGUCAAGGCCUGGCAUGGAAAGAGAUUUUCAGCUCUCGGCCUUUCUUCCCAGGCAAGGUGUGCUCAGUUAAAGGGAGCAUCCCCACAACUCCCAGAGCCACUGUGCUGCUGGCCAAAGAUGCGCCACUAGCAGGGUGCGCCAAGCAGGCCUUUCCCCCUCACUAGCCAGCCUGUAGAAGGCAGGGUGGCUCAAAGGGUUAUUUUGGGAUAGGUGCGGUUUAGCUUAAUCCUCGAAACCUAGCCCUCACAUAAGAAGUGAUUCCUCUGUAAUAAAAGAGAACGUGUGCAGAAACCGACUCUUCCCCAUUUGCAAGCUGAGACGUGGGAAAGGAGGGGAGGGGAAAUCCCUUAACUUUGGGGGAAUAAGUAUCCUAUUUCACACACACACACACACACACACACACACACACACACACCCUUAUCUUAUCUUAUCACAGUUCAUUCAUCCCUGUGCAUCCUGCCCUCAUUGUGUGCAAAAAAGGUGCAGGAAAUGAAUUUGCAACUGCUGCAUGAAGGACAGUAAGAUGGGAAUUUGGGGAAACUUAUUGUCUGCUCCAAGGUUCGCUUCCAAGUUGUUGUUUUUAUGUGGGGUGUUCUUCUCAGGUGUACUGGAAAUAUUAAUAAAAUGAAUCUAAAUAAGUAUUGUUUAAUUAAUAUAAUAUAAUAUUUAUAUAAUUUUAGUGGGCUGUGUCACUGUAGUUCAGUUUCUCCAUCUCUCUCUCUUUGCCUUCUGCUGUUUUAUCUUGGCCAAAAAAAAGAAGACUUCUUUAAAAAUGAAAAUGCUGUAAAAUGCAUUGCCUCGCUUUCUAAGUACUUGACAAGAAUCAUCAUCAGACACGGAAACAUUUUUUGUUGCUUGAUUCUAGUGCAGCUAACAGAAAGAGAUCAAACAAAGAUGAGACCUAUUGGAAGGAGAUCAACGCAGCGAUGGCCUUAACAAACCUUGCACAAGGAAAGGACAAACUCCAGGGGACAACCAGCUGCAUCAUUCAGAAAUCGUCACACAUAUCAGAAGUAAAGACUGUCAAAGUGCCACUAGUACCACCGUUUUAAAGAGAGUUGUUGCUUUUCUUUCCAACACAUGUGGACAUGUAUUUUUCAUGCCAUUGGUUUCCCCCCCGUAAGAUCAGAAUGAGAGGUCUGCAGCAAGAAUUGAGAACCAGGUUCCUUUUGUAGCACGGUCAGUCAAAAUAAGAAUGGGAAGUUCUCGCCAUGCAGGCAUGCUUGAAAUCAAUGGCAAUCUCUCAAGAGCCUGGGCGUGUUCUCAUACGAUUCCCAUUCGUUUCAGUGUUGCUUGUGCAAGAGACAUUCCCAAUGAAUUAUGCACAACGAUGGCAAUAAACAAAUGCUCCCUCAGGCUAAAAUAUUUUGAUUUCUGGAAUAAAAUAUAAAAGCAGUUCUAUAAAGGGCAUGUAAAUUAUGGGUGGCGAAGCCUCCCAAGUUUGUUUGUUUUUUAAGUCAAAACUAUUAACUUAUUUUAUUGUAUUAAUCAAACUGCACAUUAAGCGCUGCAUUGCUAUAACAAUAAGUGCCUUGCUUUCGUACAAUAAGCUAGAACGUGGGCAUAGCUCAAUACAACUGUGCCUCAAAAGUGUGCCAACGCCACAACGCUUAACCUUUGCAUGUAAUUUCUAAAUGCAUCCUGACCAGUUUAAAGCUGACCUCAGAAAAAGGGUAGACGUUUCUCAAAAGCCCUCGAGCAUUUGGCUUGUAUGGAUUAAAUAAAUCUCUUCGGUGAAAUUGCGACAUUUUACAACGGAAAAGUCCACUAUGUUAACAAGUAAUGUGGGGUUUUUCUUAUUCAAAUAGGGGAAACGUUGCUAUGCCUCUAUGGCCCCCCCCCCGACUGCAUUUGCCAUAUGUUAAAAAAUACAAAGAAUAAUUCCUUUCAUAAGUGCAAUACUGUAUGUGGGGGAAGAGUCUCAUCUUUUUUCAAGGAGAAUCCUGAUUACGUACAUUAAAGCCGUUGCUUCAGUUACUUUGCAAUGUGAAUGUAAAAAGGAAAAAAAAAAACCCUCCAAUAGCCACAGGUGGACAAAACCAUUAUAAUGGAAUUGCCCAGUCCUAGAGCUUUUUCUUUCAUAUGGACUAAAAGGGCUGCCUUUGAGUGUGUGUUUUAUGUGAAGAAAAAUGUACGUUGACCAGAACGGUCAUUCACAUUACGUAGAAUGCCUCUCCUCAGAUGGCCUAGUCAGUACAUUGACAGAGAUUGGAGGUUAACAAUAAUAGAGAGUUCAAAGGGGAUUUAAGCCUUACAUAAGAACACGCUCUGAUUCUUUUAUGUAGUUCAAAUGUUUAACUAUAAAAAGACUCAUUGUGAUAGUUUAAGUCGUUGUCCCAAUGAUGAAACCAUCAGUAAAUCCACUUGGGAUUCCUUCCUUUUAAGCUCUCCUUCUGACUUAUUGAAACUGUUAUGUAAAUAAACAAAGCAGAUCACUUUUCUGGUACCAAAUCAACCUAUGCUUCAGUUUGUUAUUUAUACUGGAGCUCAAUAACUUUCCACAACGGAAACUGUUAUUGCCUUAAUGCGUCCAAAAUGUUUUUAUUUUGGUACGGAAUGUAUCAAAUGAAGAAAAUCCCCAUUUCAAUGAAGGGGGGAAAAGAAGGCAUAAUGAAAUCUAUAUAUUAUAUAAAGCAAAUCAUUGGAAUUAAAAACAUAUGGGGCACACACAACACACCAAACAAUUGUGGCACUGAAGCAAUUUAAAGUCAAAGUAGAUGCUAAAUUGGGCAUUAGAAACACCAUUUUAAACUCCUAAAUUUGACUAAAGCAAGUAUAUUUUGCUCCAACCAUACAAAAAUAUUCUAAUCAGGUUUACACUCUUGAAUAAGCAACAGUAAAGCCAAAUAUAGCUUAUACUCGGGUCAGUAAAAUAAAACUGGGAAAAGAGCUGAUUGUCCAGAGUCCAGUUCAGGGGAAAUGGAAACCUAGCUUAGUUUCCUUAACCCAGUUUUAAUGUUACAUCUGAACAGUGGCGUAGCGUGGGUUGUCAGCACCCGGGGCAAGGCAAGUAAUUUGCGCCCCCUAACCCGUGGAUUUGCGCCCCCUCACCCCCAGAUGUUGCGCCCGGUGUGGCCGGCCCCCCCUGCACCCCCCACGCUACGCCACUGCAUCUGAAUAACAGUAUCCAGGGUAAAUCUGUAAAUCUAGUUAGAGAUCCUAGUUUGGAAAUGAGUUCUCAGUCCAGGAAAGCUGCUAAUCCUGUUUUUAUACUCAACCCAGUUUGCUACAUAAAAAAAAAAUGACCAAACCCUGUUUGAGGUGGGCAGAGUCACAGCAAAGAUCAUUAAGCAAAAUGCCUAGAACCUGAUCCAUUUCAUCUUCUAUGCAGGUAUUGGGUGAGUUCAGUUUUUCCGGUGGAAAAAGCUAUCCAGAUACAGAAAGAGGGAUAGUUUCAGGACCUUACAUGCAUGGAUCAGCACAAGACACAGUGUGGAACUGGAUGUCUUUGUAGAUUUGCUAGUUUGCAAUACAAUAAUGAGGAUCAGGCAAUGCAGCCAGAGCAAAAUAAACUACAUUUCGAUUUAAAAUCUGAACUGGGUCUUUUGGUUUGGGUAACCUAUUGGAAUUUUACUCCUACCCCUUCUGCUUCUAAUAAGACCCAGUGAACUUCUAAGCUGCCCAUUCCUUCUUUACUUGACAUAUAUGGCAAACUCCCGUAUAGUGAGGAAGAUCAAAACCCUUGGUGAAGCUGACUUUCAGGUAUGCAACGCGUUGCUCAAGCAUAGCCAGUUCCAAUUGCACUAAUAUAAUCUAGAUAGCAGAUAUCAAACCUCGAUGUAACAUGUAGAACGCAUCUUGAUGUAACAUAGCAUUUUGUGGUUGUUGUUGUUUUAAAGUGUACAAUUAAAAUGAUUUGAUAUGAAAAAAUAUUUUGUACAUAAAUAUAUAUAUUUUUACUUUUUUAAAAUUGCUAUUUUGCAUUGACAUAAAAAGCAGGAAAUAUAUGUUACGACUGUAUGAACAGUUGAAGGAUACUUUUGGUUGACUUGCAUCUUCGUGCAAAAGAGGUCUCCCCCCACAACAGUGACUUUCAGACCUGACCAACUAGACUUUGUCAUAACAAUGUGAGUUUUUAAAGAAAACAGAGUAAACACUUCACUUUAGUUCAUACUAUUAUAAGUUAUUCUAUUAACUAUUUUGUGACAAUAAACUGUCUUGCCAAACUUUUCUGUAA